AUUUCUUUAAUUCACUCUAGAGCUGUAUAUGCUUUGUGAUUGAUACCGAAUAUUAUAUGACACUCUAUCAAAUCUUAGUAAGGGGAACCUCUGGCCCUAAUAAAGAUGCAACAAAUAAAUUCAUAAAUACACAGUAUUUCAUAUUUGUCAUCUGGUUUGGUAUUGAUAAAAUACAUUUGUUAUAUUUUACAGAGCUUGAAGUCUUGUAUACUCAGUAACUGUGAACUCAUGAAAGCUGAAAGGUAAGUCAUGAAAUUAAUUGUACUUAAAUAGACUUUUUCUGAAUGAUGUUCAAAUGAGGAAUUGAAACAUGCCAGUAAAUUUUAAGGUACAAAAGUUGACUUUAGUCCUGCUCGUAAGUGCUUUCACUUUGAUAGAAAAUGAAACCUAGUCAUACAAAAUGUUAAGAGCAUUGUAUUUGAAAAAACAGCUAGAUUGCUAAGACAUCUCCUUGAUGCUCUGUGCUAUUCUUAGUGUCAGCAGCAGCAAUGAUGUUGGGUUCUAUGCUUCCAUGUGUGUUAUUGAAACUGAAGCAAUUUCCUUCAGGGACACUGUAGUCACCAGAAACACUAAAACAAUGUAGUUCUUCUGGUGUGUAUAGUAUAUCCCUGCAUGCAUUUUGAUGUAAAACCCUGCCUUUUCAGAGAAAAUAUAGUGUUUACAUUCCUGCCUUGGAAUACUUCUUGUGGCAGUCACUAGAGGUGCUUCCUGGGGCAGUGUUGCAAAAUGUGCUCUGAUGUUCAGUGUCUCCACGAUCUGCAUGGAGAUGCUGAAGAAUCACUAUAGAGAAGCAUUGAUUCAAUGCAUCUCUAUGAGGAGAUGCUGAUUGGCACAGCAGUUUGCCAUGUAUGCACAAUAGUCUCCCAAUGCUGUUUGUAGUCCGGAGUCACACCUCGGUAAUCCCUAAGUCCUAGACUGGUAAGGGUGCCUUGAAGACUGGUUUGGGAACCACUGCACUGUACUGUUCCUCUAAGUUAAGUCUAGUAGCAUCAACUGUGUGUCAUAACAUAACAUGUAAAUGUUCUAGAAUUCUCAGUUAAAUGCCAAAUGAUGUUUUGAUUUCAUAAUGUAGACCUUUUAUUUUAUUUCCCCCUUUGGUUGUUUUUGCACACUAAUAGCCGUAUGGUUUUGGCCUGCCUUGCCUAUAAUUUAUUCUAGAUCUCCAUUGUCCAGACCUGGCUAUUUUAUCAUGAUUCCUGUUUUUAAUAAUCCUGACCCGGCUGUAACUCUGUUCCCUUUUUUUUUUUUUUUUUUUUUUUUUUUUUUUUUUUCAAAAAGACCUCUUAGAAGGUCGAAACAUUACUGUUCUUUUUUGUUUCAUUAAAACUGCCAGCGGCUUUAACACUUUGAGUGCCUGGGGAAUUCCAUUGUUGCCUUGUCCUAGAUCUCCAGGCCAUUUGUUUUUAAGUGUUAACCAAAAGUCUACCUUUUAUGCAAGUAUGUUCCAUGUACAGUAGAAGUUCUAGUAUGGCUAGACUAGAUUAGAGGUGAGGCAGGAGUAAAUUGCUUUAGGGUGAAAGUAAAAGAAGAAGUAUGGCAUGCGCUUAGAAUGGCACACCCAGUAGAGAAGUUAUCUAAGCUUUGGACUGGUAACAUGUGGAAAUAAUUUACAUACUAAAUGAUUAUAAUUUCUAUUAAUGUAAGAAACUAUUAUUUAAGAGCCCCCCGCUACCAAAUGUUAUUUGUACAGCAAAAAGCUAAUAUAAUUGAAACAUGGAUGCCUAGGUAGCACAUCAGUAUGCGAUAGCAUUGCAUUUGUGUGUGUUUUUUUUUUUGUCACAUACAAUAGGAGUGACAGUGGCAAAUAGAAAUAAAAAUAUCAAAUACUCUGAAUCUAGAAUUUUGCCAGGAAUCUAGUUGUGUUCCUGCGACUGCGUCUAACUAGACAUACCAAAGGAAUAUAGAAGUGUCUGAGUAUAGUGAGCAUAAUCCCCACACAUAAUAACCACAGUGACACCAUGUAUCUGUUCCAAACAGGGCAUUGCAGGCACCUGUUGAAGGCUAAUUUUUGUAACGGACACAGAAUUGCUUCAGCCCAAGUGAGCACAUAUCUGUAUCCAAGUUGAAUAUUAAAGGACCACUAUAGUGCCAGGAAAACAUACUUGUUUUCCUGGAACUAUAGGUUCUCUAGGUCCCCCCCACCCUUCGGGUCCCCCUCCCGCCGGGCUCUAGGGUAAGCAACGGGUUAAACACAUACCUUUUCUCCACCGCCGGGCUCCCUCGGCGGCGGGGACUCUCCGCCUCCUUUCUUAUUAUUAUUAUUAUUAUUAUUAUUAUUAUUAUUAUUAUUAUUUAUAUAGCGCCAACAAAUUCCGUAGCGCUGUACAAUGGGAUCAGCUGAAUGCGCACUGCCGCGCGCACGCGUUCAGCCAGUCCAUAGGAAAGCAUUCUCAAUGCUUUCCUAUGGACGCUAGCGUCUUCUCACAGUGAGAAGCGCGGAAGCGCCUCUAGCGGCUGUCAAUGAGACAGCCACUAGAGGCUGGAUUAACCCAUAUGUAAACAUAGCAGUUUCUCUGAAACUGCUAUAUUUACAGCAGCGAGGGUUAAUCCUAGAUGGACCUGGCACCCAGACCACUUCAUUAAGCUGAAGUGGUCUGGGUGCCUAUAGUGGUCCUUUAAAGGAACACAAACGUGUAUUCCCGAACAUAUCAUUUUUAACUACUUAAGUGGCUUCACCCCCCCUCCCCUCCUAAAAUGGUAUUUUAUUUACCUUUAUUCCAGCUACACGAGUGUCUGCCGGUGCUGGUUUUGCCUCUUAUCCACCUCCUUGGCCGACAUCAUCUGAAUGGGCGAUCUCAGCAAAUCCAAUGCUUACCUAUUGGAUUGUUUGAGAUUGUCAAUUCUGUUGAUCUCAGCUAAGGGAUCUCUAAAGGGAAAUUAUGCACUGACACACGUAGCCUCUCUGACUAUCUGAGUGCCUGUCACUGGAGGUGUCCCUACGGGGCAAUGCAAGCUCUGCCUUUUCUCUGAAAUUGCAGUGUUUACAUUGAAAUACCUGCAGAGACAGACUAUACUCACUAGAACAACUACAUUAAGGCGUAGUUGUUCUGGUGACGAUAAUGACCUUUUAACUCAAAACACAUUUCAGGAAUUUAAACUGCAAUUCUGUAACAAAUUAGGGAAUUCUUGCAUAGUAUUACAAUUCAGGGAUUCAUUCAGAACUUUAAGUACACUAAAAGUGUUUAUUGCUUAAUCCUCUUAGAUAUGUCUGUUCUUUAUUACUGUAAAACAAGCUGCACAAGAAUACUUCAGCAUAACCUGUUGGCAUAGAUCAUAUUUUUAUUUUCUUCUGUGGAAAAAUACAUGACUGCAGUAGUUAAAGGUAUUUAAUGAAAAUGUAGUAGAAUAUUACUCUUAAUUCAAUAGUUUUUGUAAAAGUUUACAGUAGGCACAAAACUUUAUAAUUGCUAAUGUGAUUUUGUAUUUUAAGGUGUUCUUGUUCAGAUAAUGCCCGCUGAACGUAAAAAGCUUGUAAACAUGGAUGAAAAAGAUCUGAGUGGUUGCUCAAAGGACAAAGAAUACAGUGACAAAAAGACUAUAAACAGAGAGCGAUCCAAGGAUGAAAUGAAAGCUGCUUCAAAACGAGAAGCAUCUAAGCUGACAGAGGAAAAGAAGAAAAAAACUGAUGAUGACAAACGGAAGAAAGAAGAGAAGGAGUGCAAGAAAAGAGAAGAGGAUCAAGUGAAGGCGGAAGAGGAGCAAAAAAGGAAAGAACAAGAAGAAAAAAAUGUAGAUGAAGAAGAGAGAAGGAAGCAGGAAGAAGAAUUUGUAAACAAACAGGAAGAAGCUGCUUCCCAAUUAAAGUAAGCGGCUUAUAGGUUUGUGUAUAAUAUGAAUUGUUAGUUCAGGCAGGGAAGAACAAACUACUGUAAUAAUAUCUGUAGAUAAACACAAAAAGAAUUCAGCGCUAGUAAUCACAAAAUUAGUCAAGGUAGGCAGCAACCCAAAUGAAGGUAAACCCCUCGGGUCCUUCGGUGGAUAGAUACAAAAAGAUAUGGAAGGGCUGCGCCAAAUAAGGGUAGAUAGUCCAGUAAAGUAUUGCUAGGGUGCCAAUAGAUGGUCUAGGAUACUUGAUAGAGUUCCUCUCUGGAUGCGUCUAGUGUAGACCGUUCCGUAUAUGUAAAUACAAGAGAGGUAGAGGCGACUAAUGGUAUAGUAUGAAAGUUCAGGGUGUGAUAGGUAACAAAAAGUAGAGAACUCACAUUCAAGAGAGCUAUGGCCAGCUCUGGUGUGGAUUGCGUACAGUGGUAUAAUCCCCGCUUAUGGGAUAUGUAGGGAGGGGGUCUCCGUCAACACCAUCUGGUAGUCCAGAACUCGGAAAAGAAAGACAGAAAGCGACAAUAGUGCUCUCAAUUUUGAUGUGGUUCAAUGUGCAGAUAAGAAGAGGUAAAAAACUCACAUUUGAGGUAGCUAUGGCCAGCUCUGGUGUGGAUAGCGUACAGCGGUAUAAUCCCCGCUUAUAAGAUAUGUAGCGGCGAUACGUCCGUCAGCAGCGUCUGGUGAUCCAAGGCUCCAAUAUAGAAGAAUAAAAAGCAGCAAUAGUGCUCUCAAUUGUGAUAGGUGAAGAGAGUAGUAGAGAAAAUAAAAUAAUACUCACAAAGAUAGAGUGCCGGUUAGGCGCCGGUGGUAUGAUCCCCACCUAGGAUUUCUUGGAGUACUGGAACUUUAAAAUUGCCAGUGGAAGUAAAAGUAACCAGGAAAGGUUAAAAUGACAUCUAUUGGCACCCUAGCAAUACUUUACUGGACUAUCUACCCUUAUUUGGCGCAGCCCUUCCAUAUCUUUUUGGAAUAAUAUCUGGUCUAAGCGCCAUAACUUCUUAAUUCCUUCCAUUGGGUGUUAUGCUGUGUGCCCCAUACCCCUCUAUUGUGAGAAACUGCUAUGUUUAUAAAUGGGUUAAUCCAAGCCUCCAGUGACUGUCUCAUUGACAGCCGCUAGAGGCGCUUGCGUGCUUCUCACUGUGAAAAUCAGUGAGAAGACGCCAGCGUCCAUAGGAAAGCAUUGUGAAUGCUUUCCUAUGAGACUGGCUGAAUGCGCGCGGCUCUUGACGCGCAUUCAGCCGAGGAGGAGGAGAGUCAGUCCCCCGCCCGGCACUGGAGAAAGAGGUAAGUUUAACCCCUUCCUCUCCAUCCAGCCCAGCGGGAGAGGGACCCUGAGGGUGGGGGCACACUCAGGGCACUAUAGUGCCAGGAAAACGAGUGUUUUCCUGGCACAAUAGUGGUCCUUUUAUUUUAGCACAUCCUAAAGGUAGUUGUACAUUUUAUUUUCAUUUACAUGGUAUGCUUGAACAUAGCCCGUAUAUGUAUGUAAAUCCAUUAACUCUUGCAUUGCUUUGCUUUGGUUUUCAUAGCGUUAGGAACUGACAUAGAACAGUCACACAUCACUCUUCUUUUCUCUGAUAUUCUGCAUUUACUAUAUUACUAUGUAAUCUAUUCAUUUUUUACAGAGAGAAAGAAGAAGCACAUCAGCUUCACCAAGAAGCAUGGGAGAGACACCAAGCAAGGAAAGAACUGCGUAGUAAAAAUCAAAAUGCACCAGAAAACCGCCCAGAGGAGAAUUUCUUUAGCAGGCUGGAUUCUAGCCUCAAGAAAAACACUGCCUUUGUAAAGAAACUCAAAACGAUGACAGAGCAACAGAGGGAUUCCUUAUCCCAUGAUUUCAAUGGCCUCAAUUUGAGCAAAUACAUAGCUGAAGCAGCUGCUUCGAUAGUGGAAGCAAAGCUGAAAAUCUCUGAUGUUAAUUGUGCAGUACACCUGUGUUCACUCUUUCACCAGCGCUAUGCUGACUUUGCCCAAUCACUACUUCAGGUUUGGAAGAAGCAUUUUGAGGCCCGAAAAGAAGAGAAGACUCCAAAUAUUACCAAGCUAAGAACAGACUUGCGUUUCAUUGCUGAGCUAACCAUCAUUGGUAUCUUUACUGAUAAAGAAGGCCUUUCCUUAAUUUAUGAGCAGCUAAAGAACAUAAUUAAUGCUGAUCGUGAAUCUCACACACAUGUUUCGGUAGUUAUUAGCUUUUGUCGUCACUGCGGAGAUGACAUCGCGGGCUUGGUGCCCAGAAGGGUAAAGUGUGCAGCAGAAAAGUUCAAUCUCAACUUCCCUCCGAGUGAGAUUAUCAGUCCAGAGAAGCAGCAACCCUUUCAAAACCUGCUGAAGGAAUAUUUUACAUCUCUGACCAAGCACUUGAAGAGGGAUCACAGAGAGUUGCAGAAUAUAGAGCGCCAGAACAGGUAAAUGUUAGUUUGUCUUUUGGGUCCUCUCAUGGAGCUAAAAUCUAUGUAGAAAGCCAUCCAAUAUGCACGUAUGAUGUAGGCUGAAAUUUAAAUUCUGCAGAUUAUAGAUGCAGGCCUGCUGUAGUGGUUAUGGUACCAAAGUGCCACGGUGUCUUCCCUGGGUAAGUAGUCAGACUUUUAUAAAACAUACAGGGACUUCCCUUCCUUCCUUUGCUAUACAUUUGGGACAGACUUUUUCUUUCCUCUCUCCCCACUUUUUUAGUAGUCAGACAAUUUCAGUGUGGUUUGACAACUUAUAAAUAUUUAGAAAACAAAAUGAUACAGCUGUACAACCUAAAAAUUUAAAAUACAUGGUGUAAUACAAGUAUAACAGAAAACUGACACACUAAUAAUUUUUACUUCCAAGAUAUGGAGUAUAAAAUCACCUUGAGGGUGCCUCCCAUAUGGUGUUGGGGGACUAGAAGAACCUAUUUCCUAUUAUUGAUAGUUAGAUCUAGGAACCAGAAGAUGGUGGAAUCAAGGAAACCAUUUAUUUGAAUUCAAUAAGAAAAGCUAAAAUAAAGCCAGGAUAGGCCUGGUCCUAAGCAUUUUGUUCUGGAUUUAGAAGUUCUUCUAGUCCUCCAAUGCCAUCGGGGGUAGGCACCCUCAAGGGGCUUGUAUACUCAAAUAAAUAAGUGUGUGUGUGUGUGUGUGUGUGUGUAUAUAUAUAUAUAUAUAUAUAUAUAUAUAUAUAUAUAUAUAUAUAUAUAUAUAUAUGUGUGUAUGUUAAGUUGCAUUUUGUAUUUAAUUAUCUCACCUAGCACUUUUUUGGAUGUAAGUUGGUGUUUAGUAUUUUCUGGUUUGACAAGUAAGCAAAAACACCAAUCAUGUGAUCGGAGGUGGGCAGACGCACGCACACACACCUUCCUGCAGCUCCUCUCUGCUCCCUUGCAUUGUCUGCAGUGAUGCCGGGGCCAGAAUGUCAUAUUCUGGCUCCCGGCAUGAAUAUACACAGAGUGAGGGAGCCGAGAGGAGCUGCAGGAAGACUGCUCCUUCGCACGCUGCCCCAACCUGCCGCUGACUAGAAAGCUUCCUGAGCCGGCCGCCUACAUACCUCCCAGGGCAGAUGGCUAUACAGCUUCCUGAGCCGGCCGGCUGCACAGCUUCCUGAGCGGGUCGGCUCCAUUGUUUGCCCAUCCGGCCACUUGAGGUAAAAGGCUGACAAAUCCCAGAAGCCAGGGCAAAAUUUCUAGUCAACCUGGCGCCUGGGAUUUGUCGAGCCCUGAUUAUGGUAUGCUCUGAUAAAAGUACAGAUACACCUGUAGUGUUGAAAGGGGCAGUAAAUGUACCAUAAUUACAUAAGAUCAUUGUAAUGGUUAUGUUGCCAACUUGGUGUUGAUGCCAACCUCAGUCCUGUAUAAAAUGGUUUGAACAUUUUGACACAGAAGGGCAGCUGUGUCUUGCCACAAAAUUGCUAGUAUGGAAGUUCCACUUCUUUGUUAAUGUCAUUUUCUUCCAUAGUUGGAAGGAAUUUAUUGAUUAAAAACCAGUGAAAUGUCUACUUUAGCAAUACUGUGGCAGACACCACUUGGUUUCACACAGACCCAUGGCACCAGCAGCCUGCUGCCAGUCGACUGUAGUGCUUACGAUAUUCCUCUGAAGUGUUGUGGGUUUCAUGCUAAAACUUUGUUGCCAUGUAACGCAAUAUAUUGAACUGCUUUUCCAAAUUAAAAGGAACACUCCAAGCACAGUUCUGGGUGCCAGAAAUGCCCUGGUGCUCCAUUUGUAAGUAGUUAAACAGUUUUUCUUACCUGGAGUCCUCUGAGCACAACUUCCUGCCUCUAUUACAAACACAGUAGAGCCAGGAGCUCCCAUUGGUUAACUGGCUGAGAGCGAUCGGCUGACCCACGACUAUGUAUGUAAUUUAAACUCUGUGUAACUUCAUAAACUAUUAUUUAUCACAAAAUUAUAAUGUAGCAUGCUUCUGAGAAAGUUUGUUUUUGCCGGUUUGUUUACUCUUAUUGAUAGGACUUUAUGCAAGCACAUUCUAUAUUCUACUGUUCUCAUGACCAAGGACAUACCAUAAUUUUCAAUUAAUGUAGAAUUAUUUUGAAUAUUUGAGCUGCAGGUUGUUGGUCUAUUAUUAUUAUUAUUAUUAUUAUUAUUAUUAUUAUUAUUAGGGAUGCACCCAAAUUUCGGCUGCUGAAAAUGGGCCUAUUCCAUUUUGGCCGAAAAUGGGGCCAGAUCUGCCGAAAAUCAGGUCCUUGGUCCAUUAUCAGUACCUGACAUUGGGAGGGGGACCCUUGCCCUGUUUGCCGCCGGGUGAGAGGCCCCUCCCGUUUCUCCGGGGAGAGAGUCAGUACAGUGAUUGAAUCAAAGCAAUGCUGUGGGUUACCUCGGUGAGACAGACCACUGGACCAUCAGGGAAUGAAGGGGGGGCAUCCACCCUCAGUCACUCUGUCACCAGUCACCUUUUCCCUCAGUCACUCACUCUGUCACCCACGCUCUCCCCCCUGCCCCUCAUACUACAUCCCUAUCACCCCACACACUAUAUAACCUACACAGAUAUAUGCACUACAUCCCUUUCCUACACCUCACUAUAUUCCAUACACACCGUACAUAACCUACACAAAUCAUUUGCGGAAAAAUAAUUUUUGGCCAAGGUCAUCCUGAGGUUUUGGUGCAUCCCUAAUUAUUAUUACUGGUAUUUGAAUAGCGCCAGCAUAUUCUGUAGUGCUUUUACAAUAUUCACAAAUCAGCUUUUCUUUAUAAUGGAUUGUGCAUUAUUCUAUGCCUAUAUUUUGCAUUGAAUAUUACUGGAGUAAGUGCUUUAUUUCAUAUACUUCAAAUAUAAAUCAGUUUGAUUUCUUUUUAUAGUUCAUUGUAAUUUCUUUUUUGUACAGGCGUAUUCUCCACACAAAAGGGGAGUUGAGUGAAGACAGACACAAGCAAUUUGAAGAAUUUGCAACAUCUUAUCAGAAACUAUUGGCAAACUCUCAAUCUCUUGCUGAUCUCUUGGAUGAAAAUCUACCUGAACUUCCUCAGGAUAAACCAGUGGCUGAAGGUAGUUAUUUAAAGCGGCACUGUCAUGCCGAACUUACCUUUCCCCAAUCGAUUUCUCUUCUCUCCCACUCUCAGGAUCUGUUCUUCGCUUCUUUCUGUCUGCUCUAGUUUUCUUUAAAAAUUAAGACAAAGUAGGGACUAUUUCUCUUCUGGAGGUUUCCUACACCAUGACCAGCUAAGGAGCAAAGUGUGCUUCGUUUCCAGUGGUCAUAGAAAUUUUCCUAUGAUCCUUAGCUUUCCUCCAUGUUCCCACGAUGCCACCUGUCAGUAUUGCCGAACGGCCUCUCACUUAGACAGAACGCUGGCAAAACUGCCGAAAUGCGUCCUAAUAGAACGAGGAACAGUUUCUCCAUUCGUGUUAGAACGCGAUUCGGGACUUUGUUCGGAUCGCAAUUUCAUUCGAAUGAAUGAAAUGCCGAUCCUAUUCGUGCUGUGGCUGCAUCUUGCAGCCACUUGGUAAAUAACUCCCUAAUUCCCACCGUAUUAGGGAGCUAUCUACCAAAAGGCUGAAAGACCUAAAUUGGUCUUUCAGCCACAUUUACUAAUACGAAGUAAAAAUGACUUAGUAUAAGUAAAUUCUGCCACUACUCGCUAUACCGCGAGUAGGGGCAUGUCUAGUAAACAGUGAGCAGCCACUGUAAAAAAAAAAAUCAGUGUUCUUAGCCUAGAGGCUUUAUAAGCCUUCCCCUGCCCUGCAGAGCUCAGUCUGCACGGAACCCUCCAUGGGUUCAUUUUUUUAAAAAUUUUUUUUGUUUGUUACAUAGUUACAUAGCUGAAAAGAGACAUGCGUCCAAGUUCAGCCUUCCUCACAUGUGUUUAUGCUGUUGAUCCAAAAGAAGGCAAAAAACCCAGUCUGAAGAGCUUCCAAUUUUGCAACAAACUAGAAAAAAAUUCCUUCUUGACCCCAAAAUAGCAGCCAGAUGUCUCCUUGGAUCAAGCAGCUAUUACCCCACUAAUUAGAAAUUAUAUCCCUGUAUGUUAUGUUUUUGCAAGUAUUUAUCCAAUUGCAGUUUAAACAUCUGUACAGAAUCUGACAAAACCACCUCUUCAGGCAGAGAAUUCCAUAUCCUUAUUGCUCUUAUUGUAAUAAAACCUUUAAAUCUCCUUUCUUCCAGCCUAAAUGUGUGACCUCGUGUCCUAUGUAUAGCCCUAUUUAUGAAUAGAUUUCCAGAUAAAGGUUUGUACUGGCCCCGAAUAUAUUUGUAUAAUGUUAUCAUAUCCCCUCUCAGGCGCCGUUUUUCCAAACUAAACAGAUUUAAUUUUUUUAACCUUUCUUCGUAACUAAAAUGCUCCAUUCCUUUUAUCAAUUUUGUAGCUCGUCUCUGCACUUUUUCUAGUGACAUGAUAUCUUUCUUUAGAACAGGUGCCCAAAAUUGCACAGCAUAUUGAAGGUGUGAUCUUACCAGCGAUUUUAUAAAGAGGCAAUAUUAUAUUUUCAUCCCGAGAAUUUAUGCCCCUAUUUAUACAUGACAAAACCUUACUGGCCUUAGCAACUGCAGAUUGACAUUGCAUAUUGCGGUUUAAUUUGUUGUCUAUAACAAUUCCCAAAUCCUUCUCGUGUGUGGUUAUCCCUAGUUCACUACUAUUUAGGAUGUAAAUUGCUUGUACAUUCUUAACCCCGAAGUGCCUAACUUUGCAUUUCUCUGUUAAAUUUCAUCUGCCAUUUUAGUGCCAUGUCCCCCAAUCUAUCCAAAUCCCUCUGCAGCAAUGCAAUAUCCUGCUCACAUUUUAUUACUUUACAAAGUUUUCUCAUCUGCAAACACUGAUACAUGGCUUUCAAUGCCUAUUUCAAGAUCAUUUAUAAAUAUGUUAAAUAAAAGUGGACCCAAACAGAACCCUGAGGGACACCACUUACCACUUUUGUCCAGCCUGAAAAUUUACCAUUAAUAACAACUCGUUGUACUCAAUCUUUAAGCCAAUGUUCUACCCAACAACAAGAAUAUUCAUCUAGACCAAUUUCUUUUAGUUUUGAAGACUAACCUAUUGUGAGGAACCGUAUCAAAUGCCUUGGCAAAAUUCAAGUAGAUCACAUCCACUGCAACACCCUGAUCUAUACUUCUACUUACUUCUUCGUAGAAUGCAAUUAGGUUAGUUUGACAUGACCUAUGUUUCAUAAAACCAUGCUGAUUAUUGCUAAUAACAAAGUUCUUUGUAAUGAAUUCCUGAAUAUUAUCCCUUAAUAGCCCUUCAAAUAUUUUCCCAGUCACAGAAGUUAAGCUCACAGGUCUAUUUCCAGGCAAGGAUUUUGAACCCUUUUUAAAUAUAGGAACAACAUCUGCCUUCCUCCAAUCCUCCGGUACAAUACCUGAAACAAAAGAAUCUUGAAAAAAUUAAAUACAGAGGUUCACUUAUUUCCCCACUUAGCUCCUUCAGUACUCGUGGGUAAAUACCAUCAGGUCCUGGAGCUUUAUUUACGUUAAUUUUCUUUAACUGCUGUAGCACUUUGUCUCGGGUUGUCUAAUCACAAGUUAUCUGCAAGUUUUUGCAGCAAUCAUUUGCAUAUCUCUUGCCAUAGGAUCCUCAUUAAUAUAUACUGAAGAAAAAUAGUUAUUUAAAAUUUCUGCUUUUUCCUGGUCUUCAUUAGCUAACCGUUUCCAGUGUACCUACACUUUCAUUUUUUGUAUUUUUGGUAAUUUAUUUUUAUUUUUAUUUUUUUUAUUUACAGAUUAGUUAUUUUAUUCCCCGCUCCCUAUUUUUAGGGUGAGGGGGGUAGGUAGGGGAUAGUUUUUAUUUGGGUGGAGGGGUGGGUGACUAGGGGACCCCUAGUCACCUUUUUAAGUAGGUCCCCCCUCUUAUUAUCUUUAUGGCCCCCACUUGGGGCCCGGGGGGAAGGAUGGUAGGUCCCCCCACCCCACCGCUCGGGGGGGGGGGUGGGGGAGAGAAGGACAGUAGGUCGCCCCCACCCACUGCUCAUCAGUAGGUGUCCCCCCCUCAUUGUUAUGUAGGGCCCCCACCCGCCGCUCAGGUGUGGGGGCCGGGGGUGGAGGACAAUAGGUCCCUCCCUCCCCCUAAUUUAAUUUAGGGCCUCCGCCCACCGCUCAGGGGUGGGGGCAAUAGGUUUAAAAAAAUUUUUUUUUUUUAUAGUGAGCAGUCACUGUUUACUAGACAUGCCCCUACUCGCAGUAUAGUGAGUAGGGGCAGAAUUUACUAAUACUAGGUAAUCUUUACUUGGUAUUAGUAAUUGUGGCUGAAAGACCAAUUUAGGUCUUUCAGCCUUUUGGUAGAUAACUCCCUAAUUCCCACGGUAUUAGGGAGCUAUCUACUAAGAGGCAGCCACAGCACGUAUAGGAUUGGAGUUUCAUUCAUUCGAAUGAAAUUGCGAUCCGAACAAAGUCCCGAAUUGCGUUCUAACAUGAAUGGAGAAACUGUACUCGUUCUGUUAGGACGCAAUUCAGCAGUUUUGCCGGCGUCCUGUCUAAGUGACAGGACGUGGUCAAUACUGACAGGAAGCAUCAUGGGAACAGGGAGGAAAGCGAAGGAUCGUGGGAAAAUCGCUCUGACCACCGGAAACGAAGCACACUUUGCUCCUUAGCUGGUAAUGGCGUAGGAAACCUCCAGAAGAGAAAUAGUCCCUACUUUGUCUUCAUUUUUUAAGAAAACUAGAGCAGACAGGAAGAAAUGAAGAACAGAUCCGGAGAGAGGGAGAGAAGAGGAAUUGAUUGGGGAAAGGCAAGUUCGGCAUGACAGUGCUGCUUUAAUAUUAUUUGCAAACUGUUAUUAGACACGCUCCCAAUGAAUUGAACACAUGUAUGGUUUCAUUGGGGUUAUAUCUACUAAAUUGUGUUUUUUUUUUGUUUGUUUUUGUUUUUUUUUCUUCUAUUGCCACUUUUAAAACUGUCUUCAUUGCUCUAUAUAUUGAUAUCAAAAUGCAGUCAUUUUGCCCUUUUUCUGUGGUUCACCCUUCUGUGUGAUUGCACAGUCUUGUGCAUCCACAGAGAUUAACUUUAGAAAUACAGUUAUGUAUUCCUAACACUAUCUUUAGUGUUCCAUUAAGCUCAGUCUAUUUUCAGAGAUUGCUAAAAUGUCUAUACAACACAGGAAAAACUUUAGGGGUCCUUCCAAAUGUCUACCUGAAGGGAAAAAAGUAUAUCUAUUUUUUUAUAUAUAAAUUUCUAACUGACAGAACUGUUUUUGUUUUUUUGUUUUUUGUUUUUGUUUUUUAGUUAAAUGCUCAUUUGAAAAACAUGUCAUUUUGGCGACUACCUUUUUUUUUUUUAAUUUUUAUUUUAGCAGUGGCAUGUAUCAGUAUACAGAGUAGGCUGCAUGGUGUGGCUUGCACAGAAGCCAGCGGUGCCAUUGUCAGAACAGUGAGAUAAACAUACAUUGGUUUGGCAUACGCAGAGGCCGCUCUUAGCUGAGAUGGACCUUAUUGCUGUAGCUGCCGUAGUCGUAAGCAUGCACUGCCACAUUUUCAUGUUGUAACAAGAACAUACAUAAAAGGGAGAGAAAAUGAAAGAAAGAAGAGAAAAGUCAAACAAAAGUACCCGUUUCCAUAGAAAAGAGCUUGAUCAUCCUGGGAGGGGAAAAAGAGAAGCCCUCACCCGGCGUACGCAGGGUAUUGAUAGCUUGCCCCAAAUGCCCGUGGAGUGGUGUAACUAAGGAGCUGCAACGGCACUGCAAAGGCGCAUCUGGCCGCCAGAUUUAUUUUAUUUGCGACUACCUUUUUUAUGUGUUCUGCCUACAACUUAGUUUGUAAUGUCUUGAUCUUCCUUUUCAUUUUAAUGUAAUAUUUUUAUUGAUCUGUUUUUAAUACUUUUUAGAACACGGACCUGGCAUUGACAUCUUCACACCUGGCAAGCCCGGGGAUUAUGACUUGGAAGGAGGCAUCUGGGAAGAUGAGGAUGCCAGAAAUUUUUAUGAGAAUAUGAUUGACUUGAAGGCUUUUGUUCCGGCAAUCCUAUUCAAAGAUAACGAACGGAGCUCACAAAGUAAGCACUCUAGAAAAAAAAAAAAUAUUAGAGGAAUAUCUGCAUGAUCGUUAAUCUACACGUGUGCUAGCCAGGUCAGAAUCCUCCUACUUGCUUUUGGACGUGAUAAUUCCAUAUCGUCUGAUGCCCAGGAUAUGCAGUUCAACGCACCAUUUUAUUUUUUUAGGGUGGCUUUUAGACCUGCCACAGGCAAGUUGCAGGGCUGUUCCUGGGAAGUCCGUGCAGGAAGUGUAUGGUAUUGUGGUCUGCAACCGUUGGAGGUUAUAGACCAAGCUCUUGCCCGCUAGAUCACCAGAUACUUUCACCCUUAAUGGAUCACAGAUUUUUUCACUGCAGAAAUCUGUGUGGGGGGAAACUGAAACACAGACACACACAGACCGCAGACUUCACACAUUACAUAUAGCCGACCAAUAUCAAAAUCAUUGCACACGAGGUGAGACACUCAGGAAUUUUCACUAAAAUCUGAGUAUUCACAAAUUUAAUCUGAUUGGAAAAAAUGGUCAGAUUUAUUUUUUUUUCCAAAUCAGAUUUGUGGGUUUUUUUUUGUUUUUUUUUCUCCAUUUGGAUUUAAUAACAUAAAGUUUGAUAACCAUGCGCAGGGACCCAGGAGGUGAUUACAUUUUGUGUGUCAGCACAUUUAUAUUGUCAUGACGGACAUGGCAUCAUGAGGGGUGGGGGGGGGGGGGCAAGGUCAUGACUUAGUCUGACUAAUCUCUUAUUUAUAGGUUCUAAAGAUGCUAAAGAAAAAGACAUACCCACAACUGAAGAGUUGGAGCUUGAGCUGGAGUCACUGGAUAUUAAUGAUGAGGCCAUGGAGCUGGAAGGUGUAGAGGAAGCCGAAGAUCUUGCAAAAAAACUGCUUGAUGAGCAAGGUGAUUGAUUAGUAUUUGUGUGUGUGUGUGUGUGUGUGUGUGUGUAUAAAAUAUUGUGGGGUUUUUUUUUUGUUUUUUUUGUCCUGUAAGUUUUGAUUCCUACUAAACACUGUAUAUUGUUGAUUGAGCCCUUCUCCCCACUAUGUUUUUGUUAGAACAAGAAGAUGAAGAAGCGAGCACUGGUUCCCAUUUAAAGCUCAUAGUUGAUGCUUUUAUACAACAAUUGCCUAACUGUGUAAAUCGUGACCUGAUAGAUAAGGUAAUUUUGAUUUGUUUCUUCUAAUAUUGAGAGAUUAUAAUUGUGAUAAUGGCAAUGCUCCAAACACAAAUCUGAAAUAUAAGUGUUUUAAAAUAUGUCCAACAUUUAUCAGAUUUGUGGGCAACAUUUUUAUUAAAGCCAUUAAUGAAACUCUAGGGGAAUCCCACCUACACACCCUCUGUAAAAGCAGAAAGUUCAGAUAUAAGUUUGGAUGCUUAAAUUAAUGAAAAGAAAGAUUACAAAUAGGAGAAAUUAUGUUUGGGUGUCUCCUCUUCAUUUUUAAUGUUUGCCAUAGUUUUGCAUUCUUAUUACUGUAUGCUAUCAUUUGCUAUGUAGGUCCUCGCCUUUUCUCAUAAAUGUAAUAAAAUAAAGCUUUUUACCUGCGUUUUCCAGCACGAGACUUCCUUUUGGCUGCUCACCUUUCCCCACCCAACCCACAAUUUAAUUGAGUAGGCAUGGCCUCCUCUGGCGAUAGUCCAAACUAAUGCUCCUCAUAGAGGAUCAUUGGUGAGCUGAUGCACAUGUGUGGAAACCACUGCAUGCACAUUCACAAGCAUUGAAUCCAAUGCUUUUCUAUGAACUUCCACGUCACGUGACCGAGAUUAACUCAAUGCAGCAGAAGCACCUCUAGUUGCUUUCAGGAAGACAUCCACUAGAGAAGGAAGAGCAUUAGCUUUGUCUUUAUCCUUUUGCCUUUGUGUGUGUUAAUUUUUUUUACAAAAAAUAAAAUAAAAAUUUGUAUUUAUUUUCCAAGACUUCUACCUAUGCGCUCAACUCUCUAUUGUACAACAUUACACAAAGGAUGUAUCUGUUUGUACUUUAGUAACAAAUUUGAGGUACUAGGUAUUGUCUAAGCCCAUUUAUUAAUAUUUAUAUGUACUGUGUGGUAUAAUACACUGUAGCAGAACCUUGCAUUGUAUAGAUCUUUAAUGUGGGAUUGUUUCAUUUGAAGGCUGCAAUGGAUUUUUGCAUGAAUAUGAACACCAAAGCGAACAGGAGGAAGCUAGUUCGAGCACUUUUCAUUGUUCCCAGACAGAGGUAAAUCUGAAACUUGCAUAUAUCAUACAGUAAAGUAAAAUUGCGUAUAGAAUAAAUUUUAGCCAUUUUCAUGUGGUAAGAUGCCAGGAAAUAGAUGCAUAAAUUAAGGUUUAUUAAAGGACCACUCUAGGCACCCAGACCACUUCAGCUUAAUGAAGUGGUCUGGGUGCGAGGUCCUUCUAGGCUUAACCCAUUUUUUCAUAAUUAUAGCAGUUUCAGAGAAACUGCUAUAAUUAUGAAUGGGUUAAGCCUUCCCCCAUUCCCUCUAGUGGCUGUCUCAUUGACAGCCACUAGAGGCGCUUGCGUGCUUCUCACUGUGAUUUUCACAGUGAGAGCACGCAAGCGUCCAUAGGAAAGCAUUGUAAAUGCUUUCCUAUGCGACAGGCUGAAUGCGCGCGCAGCUCUUGCCGCGCGUGCGCAUUCAGCCGGCGGGGCGGAUCGGAGGCGGAGAGGAGGAGGAGAGCUCCCCGCCCAGCGCUGGAAAAAGGUAAGUUAUUACCUCUUUCCCCCUUCCAGAGCCGGGCGGGAGGGGGACCCUGAGGGUGGGGGCACCCUCAGGGCACUAUAGUGCCAGGAAAACGAGUAUGUUUUCCUGGCACUAUAGUGGUCCUUUAAGAGUGUUACUGUCUCAAGGAGGGUACUGCUCACGCACAAUACAGAUCAUACUCUAUAUGAUGUCUAUUCACUUAACUAGGAUUUGUGAAGAAUUGCAGUGUCUGGCUGGAAAAAUGACGGUUAGAACAUAUUUCCCAAUAUGACUAUUUCGGCUUCAAUUGACAUUUUCACUAUUAAAACAAUAUUUUUAAUAAGUUUUUCAAUAUCUAGAUUGUUUAUGAAGCAUGUUUACAUGUCAUAUCAAAUGCAUUUCUUCACAUUUGAGGGUAUAAAUUAGGGGUGAAAUUUUUUUUUUUAAAGUGUGUGUGUGUGUGUGUGUGUGUGUGUAUGUACAGGGAGUGCAGAAUUAUUAGGCAAGUUGUAUUUUUGAGGAUUAAUUUUAUUAUUGAGCAACAACCAUGUUCUCAAUGAACCCAAAAAACUCAUUAAUAUGAAAGCUGAAUAUUUUUGGAAGUAGUUUUUAGUUAUAGCUAUGUUAGGGGGAUAUCUGUGUGUGCAGGUGACUAUUACUGUGCAUAAUUAUUAGGCAACUUAACAAAAAACAAAUAUAUACCCAUUUCAAUUAUUUAAUAUUACCAGUGAAACCAAUAUAACAUCUCAACAUUCACAAAUAUACAUUUCUGACAUUCAAAAACAAACCAAAAACAAAUCAGUGACCAAUAUAGCCACCUUUCUUUGCAAGGACACUCAAAAGCCUGCCAUCCAUGGAUUCUGUCAGUGUUUUGAUCUGUUCACCAUCAACAUUGCGUGCAGCAGCAACCACAGCCUCCCAGACACUGUUCAGAGAGGUGUACUGUUUUCCUCCUUGUAAAUCUCACAUUUGAUGAUGGACCGCAGGUUCUCAAUGGGGUUCAGAUCAGGUGAACAAGGAGGCCAUGUCAUUAGAUUUUCUUCUUUUAUACCCUUUCUUGCCAGCCACGCUGUGGAGUACUUGGACGCGUGUGAUGGAGCAUUGUCCUGCAUGAAAAUGUUUUUCUUGAAGGAUGCAGACUUCUUCCUGUACCACUGCUUGAAGAAGGUGUCUUCCAGGAACUGGCAGUAGAACUGGGAGUUGAGCUUGACUCCAUCCUCAACCCGAAAAGGCCCCACAAGCUCAUCUUUGAUGAUACCAGCCCAAACUAGUACUCCACCUCCACCUUGCUGGCGUCUGAGUCGGACUGGAGCUCUCUGCCCUUUACCAGUCCAGCCACGGGCCCAUCCAUCUGGCCCAUCAAGACUCACUCUCAUUUCAUCAGUCCAUAAAACCUUAGAAAAAUCAGUCUUGAGAUAUUUCUUGGCCCAGUCUUGGCGUUUCAGCUUGUGUGUCUUGUUCAGUGGUGGUCGUCUUUCAGCCUUUCUUACCUUGGCCAUGUCUCUGAGUAUUGCACACCUUGUGCUUUGGGCACUCCAGUGAUGUUGCAGCUCUGAAAUAUGGCCAAACUGGUGGCAAGUGGCAUCGUGGCAGCUGCACGCUUGACUUUUCUCAGUUCAUGGGCAGUUAUUUUUGCGCCUUGGUUUUUCCACACGCUUCUUGCGACCCUGUUGACUAUUUUGAAUGAAACGCUUGAUUGUUCGAUGAUCACGCUUCAGAAGCUUUGCAAUUUUAAGAGUGCUGCAUCCCUCUGCAAGAUAUCUCACUAUUUUUGACUUUUCUGAGCCUGUCAAGUCCUUCUUUUGACCCAUUUUGCCAAAGGAAAGGAAGUUGCCUAAUAAUUAUACACACCUGAUAUAGGGUGUUGAUGUCAUUAGACCACACCCCUUCUCAUUACAGAGAUGCACAUCACCUAAUAUGCUUAAUUGGUAGUAGGCUUUCGAACCUAUACAGCUUGGAGUAAGACAACAUGCAUAAAGAGGAUGAUGUGGUCAAAAUACUCAUUUGCCUAAUAAUUCUGCACUCCAUGUAUGUGUGUGUGUGUGUGUGUGUGUGUGUGUGUGUGUGUGUGUAUAUAUAUAUAUAUAUUAGUAUGUGUGUGUAAUUUCUCUAUAGGCCUGAAUUUGUGGCCUUUAUAAACUCACCCCACCUCUAUGUACCUAUGCCAUUUUUCGUGUUCGAGUGACUUGACAUUGCCACGACAACCAUCACUUCCAGUUCAGUCCUUCCCGACAAUUUUCCUGCAGCUCCUCCAACCCGGUUCCUGUAUCACAGAUGCCGGCUUCUGGUCACGAGACCCGGCGCGCUUACGUAUGUACUCGUGGGAACCCGUUCUCGGUGUUCUCAUGUUCAGGCCUACCAAACGCGGGGAUUGGCUCCCAUUACGUUUGCAUGUACGUGUAUUGUUCGUUUGCUUUCGUUUAAAAAUUCCUGUGCUAAUACUUACGUUCGCGGAUUUCCGCUUGUUCCCAUAUAGCCUGUUCAUUCACUGAUCCUAUUCAUUCGUCUGGAUUAAGCUGUACGUUUGUUUACUUGUCCCAUUCAUACGUUGGUUGAAUCAUGUGUUCAUUCGUUUAAAUCCAACCUAUAUGCUGACACUUAAGCUUUCGUUUAAAACCGUUCGGCUGGUGCAUUCUCUUAACUUCACCAUUUGUUUUUAUAAACCAUAGGGCUUGGUACAGGGUUCACUGUUCGUUUCAGCAUGCACUGAAUUUCACUCCAUUCAUGCAGGCUUUUCUGUUCAGUUUUCCUGCACUUAUUGACAUUUGGUUCAGUUAAACAUGCUUUUUGCAGCUUUCCACUCACUACCUUCACCUGUGCAUUUCAGUGUUGGUCACAGUUCAGUACUUUACCAAAGUUCUUAAAUAUACUGCAUGUUUUAAAUUCACAUAUCCAUUUGGUAGGAUUUAUGCGCACUAGGCUAUUACAAUUUUUGGUCCAGUUCAUUUGGGAUUCCUGUUCCCGAAUUAAUAGCACUUGGUGGCCACACACUCCUGUUUUUAUAAUAGCGCUAGGUUACACACUAAUUCCCCUACUUAAACUCUGAACCCUUACUCACCUCUGCUGUUCACGAUGAUUGACCCCACCCACCUUCACCCAUCACUUAUUACAUUACCACCACCUCAGUAGGCCCUCUUUUAUUACAGGCCUACUCGUUCGUUGGUUUCAGCACACCUCAGCCAACACUGCAUCUGCUAACAUAUUCCAUAACCAAGUAAAUUCCGAGCACAAAUAUAUACUAAAUUGCUAUGUGCACCUAGAGUAUGUGGUAUAAGAGAACGUGAGUAGUUCCCUCCCUUCCUUCCCCCUCAAUUUGCAAUCCCAAGCCUAUCAGGUAAACUAUUAUAAUGUAUUUAUCAUACCGAUAAACCACAUUUAAACUCUCCUCUUCAGGUUCCGCUCUUAAGAGCACACUUUUCCCUACUGAUAGUCACUGAAUUUGCCUUCUUACUUCGGUUGCAUCACAACUGGUAGUUUCAUCAGGUGUCUUUUUCCAGUCCUCCUCUCUCUGAUUCUAUCCAGUUUGCUCACACGUACGGUUAUGUUCACGCUCAUCCACAAAAGAGACCAGCCCUGCCAAGGGUAAGAGAACUGGCUUUUAGAGAUAAGAGAUGGCCUUAUUCGAAUAAACAUUGAACAUACUGGUUCCGCGCGGCCAACUCCCCACCUCAAAACGGAGGAUCCGCCCAACUCAGCCUCGCAUACUCUUGUGUAGAGUCUUGGCUAGGGCCUCACAUGUCACGGCCACGCGUAUUGUCUCUUUUACCGUCACCGAGAGGCCAACACAGCCCCAAAUCAAAGGUAGAGCCUCUCACAGCCCCUUGGCAACUAGCAGGGCCUCACCUGUCACUGGGUAGUUAAUAUCUUCGCCUGUCGGCACUAGUUAGCAAGCCAGUUCUACACAAGGGAUAUUUCAAUUCGCAUCAAAGUUUUGCAUGGUUAACUCAUUUUUCCCUUGCAGGAUGCUACAAGAAAUAGCUCCAGUUGACCUUCAUCUCAGGUCCCCCGCAGAAUCCCCUGUCCCGCCACCCCUAAAGCCCUGAGGUCUGGCCUUGCUUAAAUGUAACAGUUGAGCUUAAAGUCAUGGAGGCACCAUCUUCCCUGCCACAGCUGGACAGGCUGCAUAUACCUCAAACAAGCUGGUCAUGCCUUAGAAUGGCUCGUGCCAGUAAACCACUUAACUCACUAUAGUAAUCAGCCUAUUUCAGUCAUUCAUAAGCAUCAUAGCAAUGCCUCUUUCCACAUACGGUAGUAGGUCCUCUCUAAGCCAUUUUGACUCCACCUGACGAUCCAACAAGAGACGCUGACAGUCCAGGUGUGUAGCAUGCAAUAUGAGGUAUUGCUGCGCUUGCGCAGGUCUUCUUGCCCAGGUUGUAAGGAGAGCCACUGCCCUGUGACUUUGGGCACAUUUUCAGGGGGCCCAUUUGGGUGUAUGGGUGGUAGGUGGUCCUAUUUGGGCCCUCGGCCCAAGAGACUGCAGUUCUAGGAGCAACUUGGUUCCCAGGUUUAGAAGGCGAGGAGGCUUUUUGGGGUCGGCUGCAGCAGAUCCCCGGUUUGGCAGGCUUUGUGGGCACGUGUUACUGACUUUGGGUCUGUGCGGCAUGGUGUUCCUUCUGUGUGCUUCUGCAUUUGUUGGGCCAGUUUUUGCCAGAAGGUUGCGAAUAUUGCGUCCAGCCUGGUGUCUAAGUCAGUCUAUUCUGUGGUGCAGGGCCUGAGACACUCAGUGCUCUCCCCAGGUCAUGGAGGCUUUGAAGUAACUGUCAUCCCCAGCGCACCACGCUGUUGCAGGUGAGCUUCCCCAGUGGGGAUCGGAAUAUCCCCCACCGGUCCAGACGGGGGGAGGGGGUUGCAGGGCUAUUGGAGGCAUGGAGGUAACUGUGGGACCUGAGCAGGGGGUUAGGCCACAUGGUCGGGCUGCACGGGUCCCCGGAGUUUCGGCAAGAGAGAAUGCCCGCGUGUGCAUUCGUGUCGGGUCAGUACUCCGGUCCCUCCGAGGUAUAACCAAGGCGGUUAACUGUUUAGGCUUGUUUUUUGUGCAUUAAUGUCGGAGCUGUUAGCAUGUCCAGCCACCCCUUGAAUACUUUUGCAUUUGAUUAUGGUGAAAAUUAGGAGUACCUUGUGGUUAUUGUCAGAAACCAGUCUGUGAGAAAUACAACCUCCCUGUUCUGGCGAGGCCAGAAUCGGAGUUAAUUGGGUGGUUAAAAUUUUUGCGUAUAAUUAAAGGUCCGAAUUUAGAAAGUUUAUGGGACGGAAAUUGCCACCAUGUUGUGGGGGCUUUCCUGGUUUCGGAUGAGUAAGGAUCUUUGCUGGCAUAGCUUUGGGGUAAUUGUAGUAAUUUACUCGCAGUAAUUCAAGUUUCAGAACCCAUCUGGUCCUGGAGCUUUGUGGGCCGGCAACGACUUUGCCUGCAGGGUUUCUUCUAUGGCAAUAGGGCAGUCUAGAGAAACAGCAUGUAGAAGGGUAAUUUUGGGGGAGGUGUACAUCUUUUUAGAAAUAUCUGUGUCGCUAUUUGACAAUGAAUGUGUGUUGGGGCUACUGAGAGGUUGUGUAAUUUUAUUGUAGAACUAAGCAAAUUCCUUUGCAAUUAGGUCUGGAUUAGAUAUCAGUGAGCCGCCUCGGGUGUAUAAGUAUUGUAACUUGGUUUGAAGCUGUUGGUAUCUAAGUUUUCUGUGAGUUCCUGUAUUGGUUAUCUUCUUACAUCAGCUAUUUCAUUGAGUAGUCUAGUUUGGGGAUGCACUUUUGUUUGCAUCUUCGUGUGCGAUGAACCAUUAUUUCAGAAUCUGCAUUUGUUGUUGGUGUUAGGUUUCCUGCGAAUAGAGCACUCUUAACUUAUUGCCUUGUAUGCUAACCAUAACCAGCUGAUGAAUUAAUCUAGAGAUGCAUUCAGUCGGAAGUGAUAAGAGAACACUUAUCAGUGUUUUUGUAGUUUUCCACAUAUUUGUUGAUCUUCCGGGAUAUUGUUUACUUUCCAUGAGCCCCUCCCUCUGGCAGGGUAGGUGGAGGAAAAGUAUGUUGUCCGUGAGUGAUCUGACAAUUAGAUGACUCCAAUGUCUGUUUUAUCGAGAGACUGCAUGAGUAGCAUUUGUGAACUUGGGAGAAAUCUUUGUGUGGGAUUAGCCUUCCUCCAGGAAUUGUGAAGGUUAAACUCUUUUAGCAAGGCACACAGUUUCCUUCCCAGGUUUGGCAUCAGAGGCUUGGUAUCCAAGUAGACUAGUCAGAGUAAAGCCCCAGUCAGGUCUGGUAGGAACAAACAAUACUGGCCCCUAGGGAAUAUGGAAGGCAAGGGUGUCAGCCUCUGUUGGCAUAGAAAGUGGACAUGACCUCCCACACAGCUUGUUACUGGACUUUCCUGCCAUAUACCAGUAAUCACUUAUUCUAUCUCAGGCCAUCUUAGGCAGGGUUGAAAAAUCAAGACCGUGCACCUUUUAGAGAAACGGGGAUUUGUUUCCCCCUCACCUACAGUAUUUCAGUUGACCUCUCUAAAGCUUGAGCAAGGCUAUGCUAAUCAGUCUAUCUUUCGGGUGGGUGCUCUAAACACUUUGUUCAUUUUGAUUACUAAAUAGGAAUAAAACCAUGUUUUUAGUAGCAAUGCUAGUUAUUACAAAUUCUACCACUAGAUGGAGAUAUUGGGUAGUUUAAUACUAGAGUAACAUCUAAAAUCUUUAUUAACUUAUUUUUACCAUUUCAUCAGAAUACUUUACUUAUGUGUUUUUGGGGUAAGGCUUAUUCUCUGGGUGGAGGAAACAAAACUGCUAUUUCUUUUUUUAUUUUUAUUAUUUUUAUUUUUUGGCAUUUGCUGGUCUUGGCUUAUGUUAUGGUUUAAUAAUAUAGUCUCUUUCUUGGUCAGAGUGGCCUGUAAGUCUAAACAUACCGUGUUUCCCUGAAAAUAAGACCUGCUUCUAAUAUAAGCCCUACCCUGAAAAUAGGAAGGUUGGAGGGGAGAAAUUAAUAUAAGAUCCUGUCUUCUAUUCGGGGAAAGACUGUAUUAAAACACUGUGUCAUUUUCAUUUUACUUGGUUGUGGUAAUGGUUUUAGACGUUUAUCUAGUUUACCUGUGUUUGUUUGUUAGUAUAUUUAUCUGUAAACCUUUAAGAAACACUAUAGAAUUAGGAAUACAAAUGUAUAUUUCUUACACUAUAGUGCCAUGUUAGGUGCUUAGGUCUGAGUGAUAUCCUCUAGAGCAGGGGUAGGCAACCUUCUAGCAGCACUGUGCCGAUAUAGGAUUGUGAUGUCCGAUAGCAUGCCGGUCCUAUUUUUUUAAAUUGAGGUGUGUAUGCGGCCAUAUUCUGCUUGUGUUAUUUUUACUGCAGUUGCUUUGCAUCGUUGUAUUUGUGCAUAUAGGAGCUAUUAUAUUGUAUAUGUUCAUUAGUAGUUUAUGGUAUUGUAUAUGAUACAUAUGAAUGUGGGCUGUGUAUGAGGGCUGCUUGUGGAAUUGUGUGUGGAAUUGUGUGUGGAUGGAUAUGUCACAUUGUGUGUUUGGUGUGUGUAUGUGUGUGGGCUGUUUGGGGUAUUGCAUGUGAGAGGCUGCAUGUGGGGUUGUGUGCAUAUAUGUGGAUUGUUAGCGGGUUACGUUUGUGUAGAUUGUAUGUUUGUGUGUGGGCUGUUCGUAUUAUUUGUAUAAGGGGAGGGUUAUUCUUCAUUUCUGUGUUUAUGAAUGUAAAUUAGUGAUAGUAAAAUGUCUAUUUACUGUGUAUACCCGUAUUCAAUAUCUACUCAAAAUGGCUGCUAGAGCACCCCUUCCCACCGACUAGCUACCUCGUGUAACAAGAUGGCGCCUACAUCCGGAGUAAAAUCCCGGGAUGAUGGUGACCUCACGCCUUGUAGGAUGUGCAUUAGAUAAAACACUUAACACCUAAACAAUUAAAGAUGUAUUCUUUCUGUUAUCUACAUUUUUGCAUAUGAUGUAUUUUUGCCUUUAUAAGGGGCUUGCCACCCCCUGAGUAAACAUUCCAAAGUUUUUCAUUAACCUGAUACCUGUGUCUCAGUGUGAUUUACUUCAGAGCGUGCACGCAUUUUUUUUAUUUUAUUUUUUUUUUAACAAUUUGGAAAGGAACAGAUACUCAGAUAAACACUUGGUUUGAUCCACAAUAUCUGUGUAUAUCUAGCAGUAUGGUUGGCUUCCCUGGGUUCCAGUGGGGACCAGGCUGACCUGGUACAGGUCAAAGACAGGAGCUAUAACAACAGCUCUACUACGGUGUGGAUUCCCAUUCACAAGUGCUUGGAGGAAGUGAUCUGAGAUCAUUUCCUCUAUGUGCUGCAAUGCUUAAAUUGAGGAUUGUCCUUCACCAUCUUUUCGUAUUAGCAGAUAUUGGAAUUUUUACUGGGACUCCUGAUAGGCCAGAGCCUGUUUGGCUCUAGCAGCCUUGAGUGCCGUGCAAAGUCACCUCGAGUGCCGUGCAUGGCACUAGUGCCGUAGGUUGCCUACCCCUGCUCUAGAGGCAUCUAAACCCUGCAGUGUUUUACAUUGCAAUGUUAAGCAAACAGGGACAUGGCAGCUAUUGGGUGUUUAUGACCGGGCUCGACAAAUCGCCAUGGGGUCUAAUCAUUUUGUCCUGGGUAUUUGUCAGCCCUUUCAGCGGAGGCGGCCUGCUGAGGGUGAAGGCAGGUGGUGGCUAGCAAUACAGGCAUGCAGCAAGGGAGCAUGGAAGCACUCUGGUGAAAGUAAAUGCGAACGGCAAGGGAGCGAGCUGUAAUCUUCCUGUUUUGAAAAACGCCAUGCUGCGCUAAUAAACAUCUAAUCGAGAUGAAUUAAAUCAGUGCAACCCUAUUGGAAGCAUUAAGCACUUCUGUGCAGAGCAUGGAGAUACUGAAUGUAGAUAGAAAUGAGUCUUGUAGACCACUCACUACCUGAUCCUCAACAUUGUAACAAAGGGCAUGGGUUUUGGAGAUAUUCAAUUUAUAGUAUAAAUUUAAGCUGGAUUCUUGAAUUUUCUCUGCUGUCCCUUUCAGCAAGCUGUAAUGGUUCUUUGGCCUCUUUAAGGCUUUUAAAAAAAAAUAAAAUAAAAAUAAAAUAAAUUACUUUUGCAUAAUAUGUCUAGUUUAAUAUGCAAAUUUUGGUAUCCUGGACAAGAGCAACUGAUUCAUACUUAUUUUUCUUCUCCACUAAUCACAUCACAGGUUAGAUCUUCUACCAUUCUAUGCCAGGCUGGUCGCCACUUUGCACCCAUGUAUGUCUGAUAUCGCUGAAGACCUUUGUUCGAUGUUAAAGGGGGAUUUCCGUUUUCAUGUAAGUGGGUUUUUUUUUUUUUUCUUUCUUUCUUUUAGUUAUAAUGAAGUCUAAAUGCAUGCCUACAUUUUUGUGUGUGAGAGCUUGGGUGGGCCUUGCUUAAUUUAGGAGCUUUUAAUUGGCCUGUCUUGCUGGCUGAGAGUGCAUAUUGGCAGUCUGAGCAGACAAAGGGUGCAUGGAGUUUGGGAGGGAGGUUAGGAUUUUAUUUUAAAUAAAUAAAUACAAGCAACAGAAGGAGGGGAAGCAAUCUUCAUUACGUCUGUACCAGCAUGCAGUACGUGCUGAUAAUAGAUGUCAAGUAUUCACAGAAUUGUCAUUAGACAGCCCGGAACAGAGUUCUGGGGGAUGCCAAUGUCUAAUGUGCAAGGGGUGCCCCCAGCCCACAAUAAAAAAUAAAAAUAACUUCCAGUUGAAAAACGGCACAUUCAGACUCCUACCACCAUGACCAUUUCAAAUCAGUGUUUGAAGUGACCCUUUAACUUUUGUCUCAGAUUGGCUAACUAUACUGCCAGCUAACCUGAAUCUCUGUGUACAGCAUUUCUGUAUGAAAUGCUGCAUAUGCAGGCUCAUUGCACCAUAACCAGCUACUGAAGUGGACUUGAUGCUUGAGGUAACUAUUUUUAAUAUUAACAGGGAAAUUGCAGGAGUGUCUUUCAUAACGAUUCUUCUCACAGUUAAAAAUCUCUUCAAAUCCAGUGUAUUAAGAUAAUCUUAUUUGGGCAUGUUCUUACUGAAAUAUGAAUUUGUAAGUUAACAAAACUGAAUUUUUUUUACAUGCUUAUCCACCUUCAGUAUUUCUUAUUAAAUGCUUACUUACUCUAUUUCCUCAAUUAAUGGACGUUUAUAUUUCCCUCACAGGUGAGAAAGAAGGAUCAAAUCAAUAUUGAAACAAAAAACAAGACUGUGAGAUUUAUUGGAGAGCUUGCCAAGUUUAAAAUGUUCUGCAAAACAGAUACUCUGCACUGUUUGAAGGUUUUUAUCAGUCUUCAUUUCUAAAAUUCACCUUUGUUGCUGUGUUUGUAUGUAAUUUUUUAUUUUUUUUUGCAUCCCAUUUUGUAAGUGGGGGAACUUUAAUUUCAGUUGUAUUUAUUAUAAAGGGUACAGGUCCUUAUGAUAUUUAAUAUUGUGAUGUCUCUGUUAAUAUUAAAUGAACAUGUAGUAUCUGUACAAGUGUUGGAUUUCCAUGAUUUAUUUCUGUUUGCCGUUAGCUGAAACGAGGUUAGAGAGUAAAGCUGAGUUGGAUUUUAACAUUCUUGUUAAAACACUUCAUUAUUUACAUUUGCUAUUAAAAUCUAUUGAUCUUCCCAUCAGAAAUAAAUUGGUUUCCAUGGGACACAUUGCCUAACUUGGGGGUCUGUUCACAUAACUCAAUACUGCCCUGAGUUAACUCCUGAGCUGGGUUGUUUUUGAUAACUGUUCGGGUUGGCAUUGGAAACACACUCUUCUUUUAGUGGUACAACAUACAAUUAAUAUUGACAGGGUCCUGGACCAUCAAUUAAUAUUAACACAAUUGGUUAUAUUAACUCUCUGCAGUUUACACAUGAUCUAUAAGCACUUGCAUAUAAUUUCUUUCCACAGAUGCUGCUUUCUGACUUUUCGCAUCACCAUAUUGAAAUGGCAUGUACCCUGCUAGAAACAUGUGGACGAUUCCUCUUUCGAUCUCCAGAUUCACAUUUGCGCACCAGUGUUCUCUUGGUAAGAUUGCUACUAUAUUAACCAUGCUAAAUAUAGUGUAUUUGGUGUAACUUACACUUUAUUAGCAAACUGUCAUUGGACUACAUUCAAGACCACUUCUAAGCAUAGAUUCUAUUAAGAAAAAAGUGUAAUUGCACAUUCAGUCUGUAUUAAAACUUUUUAUGUGUGAGAAAGUAUGGUGCACAUGCGCACUAAAUCUUUAUUUUAAUGAUUAUCUAAAUUACACACAUUCACUAAAUACUGAAUUGAAGUGUGUGUUGUUGCUGUUUUAUGUGUCAAAAUGGCAGAUUUUGUAAUAACUUUCCAACUAGGGUUAUAAGUCCUAGUUUUGUAAUUUUUUUUUAGCCUAAAUUUUCAUGUACAAUUUCACUAUAGUUUGCUGCUUUGUGAAUAAAUCUGAGCUUUUGUAUUGUGGUUUUUUUUAUUUAUUUUUUUUGCAAAAUUGUACAGGACCCUAAUCUCCUGGAAUCAUCUUAUCUGAUCGAUGAAGCAAAUGUCCAAGAGUUGCGGUCCACAUUUCAAAUUACAUAAAAUAAAUAUGUAAACAUUUUUAAAUAUAAAUAAACACCACAAACUUGGGGGGGGGGGGGAGAAUGGCAUUCUCAAUAAUUAGUGAUGUCCCGAACGGUUCGCCGCGGACGGUGAACAUAAACUUUGACCCUGUACUUCAGUCAGCAGACACAUUCCAGCCAAUCAGCAGCAGACCCUCCCACCUCCUGGACAGCUUACUAAGAAUGCAGCUUCACAACGAAUGUAAAAUGGAUGCUGUCCAGGAGGUGGGAGGGCCUGGGAGGGAGGGUCUGCUGCUGAUUGGCUGGAAUGUGUCUGCUGACUGUGAGGUGCAGGGUCAAAGUUUAUGUUCGCCGUCUGCGGCGAACCGUUCGGGACAUCACUAUCAAUAAUGCUCAAAAUCUAUAUCCACUAGAGUCCCCAUGGUGUCCACUUUUGUAAAUGGUAUGCAUUUAUGGAGUAAUUUAAAUAUGUGACCUACUAAAGUCCCAAAAUACAUCAUAAACUUGUUUGCUUUCUCUUCCAUGAGCUCACACUGAGCAAAAUGAAUAUAAAAUAACCCCUUUAGUUACUUGUUCAAGUGUUUACAUUUUAAAUUAACCCUUUUAUUUGUUUGUGACAAACUUAAAGUUCCUUUUUAAAAUGUUAACGUUUCACCCACAGGUUUAUUCUAAGCAUAUAGUCCAUAAAAGUAAACAUUGAAGCACUUUUACUAGAGAUAAAUGGUAGUAAAAACAGCAAGGUAAACCGGCAACAUAUCUGGUUGCUAACUAUACGUUUUUGUUAACCGUUGCUUAUCCUUGGCAUAUUCAGAUGACUCUGAUAAUGAAACUCGUUUUAAUUGUAGGAGCAAAUGAUGCGAAAGAAGCAAGCCAUGCAUCUGGAUGCGCGAUAUGUUACUAUGGUUGAGAAUGCCUAUUACUACUGCAAUCCACCUCCAGCUGAAAAAACUGUGAGAAAGAAGAGACCUCCAUUGCAGGAAUAUAUCCGGAAACUUCUAUACAAAGACCUUUCCAAGGUCACAACGGAGAAGGUUAGUCAUGCCUUAUAUUUUCUAAACUGUGAGCAGGAAGUAUGAAAAUGGAACAUGAGGUAUCAUGUUUUCAAUUUCAAAACUUCAACAAACUUUCAUUGGAGAUAUAGAAAAAACUUAAUUAGAUGGAUGUAUAAUGAAAAAUGUGUGUGAAAAUUGUACAUAUGUUCUGUUUAGGCAAAUUUUAAACCAACAGUUACAACCUAAAGUAGCAUGCCUAAAUGUGCAUCCAAACAGUGCUAUUGUUAGGGAAAUCAUUGUAUAAGGACUGAACUGGUUACAUGGUUUUUGUUGUUGGUCCUGUUUGCAUGUCAUAAAUUGUCAACUAAUUAAUGCUUGCAUUUAGUAACCUGAUUAGUCAGUUGCAUCAUGGUACGUAGCAGAAGGAAGUACCAGUCGUUUAUGCCAUAGAUGCCAAACUGAAUCGACUAAUAUUUUAUGCUACUUUUGGGGGGGGGAAAAAAGGGAAAAAAAACAUUUCAUUUACAUAAACACAUUGUCCUGCUGGAUUGUAGUAUUUAAGUACGUCUUUAUAGCUUAAAUUCCAAGCCUAUGUAAUUAAGGGGACACUAUGGGCACGCAGACCACUUCAUCGCAAUGAAAUGGUCUGGAUGCCAUGUCCUCUCGUUUUAACCCUGCAGUGUAAACAUUGCUGGUCUGCAGGAACUGCAAUGUUUACAGGUUUUAAAUGCCUUUAGUGGCUUUCACUCUGACAAAUGAUAUGUUCUUCCACAGAAAUUGCAGAGUGAUUGGCUAGAAACAAUGUGAUUGGAGUGGUGGUUUUCCACACAGCCUCCCUAGCCUCCCACAGUUUUUCUAUGGGAAAGGAUUGAUUGUGAGCCUCAAGAUUGAUGCUUCUGGCCAAAGAGGUUGGGCUAUCCACAAAGGGCAACUAAACCGUUACUAGGACUCUAUGGCAUUAUUUAUACACAUUUGCAUUCCUAACAUAGUGUUCCUUUAAGGUGGCUUGGUUAUCCUUUGUUGUCUCUGCAUAUUUUGCAAAAACCCCUUAUGGUGACAUCACUGAUUGGGGAGCGGUGGCCUGUGGGUACAUCCAAAGUAAGCUAUAGUUACCUAAAGCUGUCAAGUUAGGCUUUUACCAUCAGAUUCAUUUUUCAUUUGUAAAUCUGAAUCCUGCCUUGAGUUCCUUAAGAGUUGAAAACAUUUGGGAAGUAUUGUCUUGGCCUUGGCUUAACGUGACUGCAUUUUUUUUGGUUACAUUUUGGUCUUAUGGCUUGCAUAUCUACAUUGGUCUUGUAUGUAUGAAAGAUGCUCCUAUCAAUAUAUUUAUGCACUUUUUGAUACAUUGUGUGUUUGUGUGUGUGUGUGUGUGUGUGUAUAUAUAUAUAUAUAUAUAUAUAUAUAUAUAUAUAUAUAUAUAUAUAUAUAUAUAUAUAUAUAUAUAUAUAUAUAUAUAUAUAUAUAAUUAUAUGAUUUUUUUUUUUAUUUUUUAUUUUCCGGUGUCUCAAUGUGUGUGUAAUCCAUUUUGUGUCUUCCCUUACAUAUUCUAAUUGGAUUGGCCGAGAAAACUUGGAUUUCUCAUCUAGUAAUAGUAUUGAGCUGUUUAUAUUGACCUGGUUACAACUUGCCAUGUAAAAUUGCUUGUGAAUGUAUACAGAGUAAUACAGCAAAUUCCUCUGUAAACUAAAAGGUUGUAUGUUAUUUUUUUAUUCUUUGUGUGUGUUUCCCUCUAUUUUUAAAAAAAAAAAAAAAAAAAAAGAGGGUGGACAAACCCUACGAGAACCAUGAUUUCUGUGACUACUGUUGGAUCCUGGAUUUGGUUUAUAGAGCCCAAUGAAUGUUUUCCUUGUUGGACUCUAAUUAUAUAAAAUUAAAGUUUUGCAUGUUGACUUUUUUUUUUUUUCUUAAAGUGAAUAUCUAAAUUUUUUUUUUUAGGUUUUGCGACAGAUGAGGAAGCUUCCUUGGCAGGACCCAGAAGUUAAAGAAUAUGUAAUCUCCUGCAUGAUCAACAUUUACAAUGUGAAAUACAACAGCAUUCAUUGUGUAGCCAAUCUCUUAGCAGGACUGGUGCUUUACCAAGAAGAUGUUGGAAUCCAUGUUGUAGAUGGUGUGCUAGAAGAUAUACGUCUAGGAAUGGAGGUACAAUUACCAUAUGCAGAAUGCUAAUUUAAGAAUAAAAAUAGUCUUAAGUUAAAUUUGCUUUUAUAUUUAAGGUCCUCACACCUUUAUCAUGUGUUAAGUUUGUCUUCUGUUUUGUAUUUAUUCCAACUUUCAAUUAGGGAUUCAAAUGCUUCCUGAUGAGUGCCAUGGCAAACUAGAAUCUGUCCUCUGAAACUUGAGUGCUCUAGUGCAUUUGUUUAAGUGUACUAAUACUAUUAGGAAUCCUUCCAUUGUUUUCCUAUAUUGUGGUUCCAUCACUUAUUAUGGAUUGUUCUAUGAAAUUUCUAUAUUUUCCCCUCUAUAUAUUUAGCGUCUAUUGAACUUUUUAUAUGUUAAAUUAUUAAAAUCAGUUCCUGCAAUAUUGCUUUCAAAAUUUGUUUUGUUUGUUAGUUUUUUUUUUGUUUUUUUUUUUAAAUUACGCCUAUUUAACACUUUUGAGAGGUGGGGUCCUGUCUGGGGCAUUGAGGAAAAGGUCUCCUGAAAUAAAAAGGUUUUACUUACCUGAAAUCCAGCUCAAGGCAAACAUCCUGGCACUGCUCUUCUGCGCCUGCUGUUGACGUCACUGUGGCCAUGAGCAGUCCAAUCAUAGAGAAAUCUGUGAUUGGAGCAAUUUGCUGGCUCAGCGCAUAUUCGCAUGCGCUCUGGACCUGGCGACAAAGUGGGCAGGUGGGAAUAAGGGUUUCUGAAAAAAAUUAAAUAAAAAAUAACCCCAACAAAUGAGCGAUGGAGGAAGGUGACGUCUUAAAAACAGAUGUAAUUUAUGCACAGAAGUGAUAUUGGGCAGCCUGGAACAGAGGUCUGGGCUGCCUAAGUCACAUGCUGUGAGUGCAACUAUUUCCCAGCACACAAUUAAGCAUACCUUAAUGGUGGAGUGUUCCUUUAAUGUUUAGGUAUAGUUCUAUAGAGGGUAAACAUUGACAAUAAUAGUAAAGACAAGAAUAGUAUAUAUAUUUCUCUUCUCUCUCUCUCUCUCUCUCUCUCUCUCUCUCUCUCUCUCUCUCUCUCUCUCUCUCUCUCUCUUUCUCUCUUCUUUCUCUCUCUCUUUCUUUCUCUCUCUCUCUCUCUCUCUCUCUCUCUCUCUCUCUCUCUCUCUCUCUCUCUCUCUCUCUUUCUCUUCUCUCUCUCUCUCUUUCUUUCUCUCUCUCUUUCUCUUUCUUUCUCUCUCUCUCUCUCUCUCUCUCUUUCUCUCUCUCUCUCUCUCUCUCUCUCUCUCUCUCUUUCUCUCUCUCUCUCUCUCUCUCUCUCUCUCUCUCUCUCUCUCUCUCUCUCUCUCUUUCUCUCUCUCUCUCUCUCUCUCUCUCUUUCUCUCUCUCUCUUUCUCAUUGUGAUUGAUGGAGUGAAGCUCACUUACAAAUCUUUUUCCAUUUUCUUUUUCUUUAUAGGUCAAUCAACCCAAAUUUAAUCAGAGACGAAUAAGCAGUGCAAAGUUUCUAGGAGAGCUUUACAACUACAGAAUGGUUGAGUCAGCAGUUAUAUUUCGCACACUCUACUCUUUUAUAACCUUUGGUGUAAACACAGAUGGCAGUUCGAGUGCUUUAGAUCCCCCUGAGCACCUGUUCCGUAUCAGACUAGUUUGCACCAUUCUAGAUACAUGUGGGCAGUACUUUGACAGAGGAUCCAGCAAACGUAAACUAGACUGUUUUCUUGUUUACUUUCAGGUAUGCUAGAGUUAAUGUUCUAAGGAAAUUGAUUAAAUGUUUACAUUCUUAUGUUGAAACUGUAAUGUUUUAUAUUCAAUUACAGCGUUAUGUCUGGUGGAAGAAAAAUCUUGAUGUGUGGACAAAAGAUCACCCAUUUCCAAUAGAUAUUGAUUAUAUGAUAACUGAUACACUGGAGUUGCUAAGACCAAAAAUGAAACUAUGUAACUCGUUAAAUGAAGCAACACGGCAAGUUCAGGAUCUGGAACGGGAAUUUCUGGUAAAACUUGGUGAGAAUAUUUUCUGUACUUUUUAUUUAAACUUGUAUGCCUUUUGGGUGAGGAAGUAAAUUCCAGUUAAUGAUCAACAUUUUUGUGAAAUGAGAUGUUGUAGUAGCCAUAGGGUGACUAUAUAAGGAUUGGUGGUUGGACUAUGUGAAGUGUAUUUGCUGGAACUUCAUGCUUGUCUGUUAUAUCCUUGCAGGCCAUUACUCAAUUGUGGGAACUAUUGCACGGUUUUGUUCAAAUACUUGCCUUAUAAUAACAAUCGAGAUUUCAUGUAGAUAUUAGGGUGUUUAAUGAAAUGUGGAAACCACUCUAGUGAGAGAGAGGAUAACGUUACACUUGCUUCACAAGGAGUGUGUAUCUUUUUAAAGCCACUAUACCACUAUUUACAUGCUGUCCUGCUGUUGGGGUGCAGAAGUAGAUUGCUUCCUGGUGCCCUUUUAAAGCUUGUACAACUUUUUGCAAUGUAAAGGAUUUGAAGAAGGGAGCUCUACCAGAUUUCCCUGCUUAGUCACAUCAAACAACCAAGCAUUGCUGCACCCCUCUACAAAAUAUCAAUCAAGAUGGGUAUGGAAAGAAAAAAAAAAACUUGUGACCUUUCUCUAGCGUGGCUCUUGCCUAUCCAAAAGAGCAUUAAACAACUUUAAAUGUUUCUUAAGGACUCAUGAAUGACAAGGAUUCAAAGCAUUCCAUGGUGGAGGGAGAGAAUUUGGACGAUGAUGAUGAUGAAGAGGAGGAAGAAGCAGGGGCAGAGACAGAAGAACAAUCUGGAAAUGAAAGCGAAAUGAAUGAACCAGAAGAAGAAGUUAGUAUAUUUUGUUUAAUGUUUAGUGUAGGAAAAAAUAUAUUUUUAAGUGUCAAUUUGACAGGGUAGUUGAUGUUUAAGUUGUGCAACGCCCUGUACAUUUAAUGGUUAACCAGGCAAACUACGGACCACAGCAUUUAGUAUCCACUCCCUACCAAGCAUUUCCUUGCAUGUUAUCACUUAGAAUGAAUGCCAUUCAAGGAUAUGCUUACAGACACAGGAAGUUUUGGCAGUCACUAACCAUCUCUGGCUCCAAGCUUGAAUUCAUCGUGAUUUUGAGUGAAAGAUUUCUGGACUUGAAAGAAAGUGUACUCUGACAACACUGUCACUGUGUAACUUUCUAUUGGUUAUGUAGCUCUAUCUAGAUCUAUCUUUCGACUUAUCCCUUGCAAAAGCUGCAGUUCUUCUAAGUGCAACCUUUGCAAGCCCCCCUCCUCCCCAGAACAGACUUUGUCUGUGCCGGGGAAAUAAUCAGAGAUAAUAAUCAUUUAACUGUAGGGCAAUCCAAAGACACCCCCCUACUUUAACAGUCACACGAACUUUCAAGAAUGAAGUGGUCUGGGUGCCAGGUCCCUCUAGUUUUAACCUUGCAACUGAAAACACAGCAGUUUCAGAGAAACUGCUAUGUUUACACUGAGGGUUAAUCCAGCCUUUCGCGAUUCUCUCUGUGAAAAUCCGUGAGAAGACGCUGAUGUCCAUAGGAAAGCAUUGAGUAAUGCUUUCCUAUGGGUGGUUUGAAUGUGCCUGGCUCUUGCCGCGGAUGCGCAUUUGGCGCUGACGUUGGCAGGAGGAGGAGAGUUCCCCAGCGCCGAGGGAGCCUGGCGCUGGAGAAUGGUAAGUGUCUGAAGGGGUUUUAACCCCUUCAGCCCAGCGGGAGGGGGCCAUGAGGGUGGGGAGGACCUAAGGACUACAUAGUGCCAGGAAAAUAAAAAAUAAAGGAACGCUUUCCACACCAUAACCACUACAGCUUACAGUAGUGGUUAUGGUCCAAGGAGUGCCCUCUUUCUCCCUCCCUAUUGUAAAGUCUUUUUACACCUUUUUGAGAAUGGUUUGAUUUCUAACCUGGGUCCUACAGGUGCUACAAUCAGACUUUUUUGGUUCGUUCCUUUUGUCGGUGUAAUAAUGUAAACCAAUUUGAUUUCUUUCAUUUUUAGGAUGCCUCUGAAAAUGAAGAUGAUGAACAAGAAGAGGAAGAGGAAGAAAAUACAGAUUAUCUGACUGAUUCAAACAAGGAAAAUGAAACUGAUGAAGAGAACACUGUAUGUGUAGUUUUUCCCUUCACAAAUCUUGCUGUUAAAAUCACAAUCUUUUCUUCACAUUUAAAAACAAGAAUACAUUAUUGUAUGUACAAUAGUGAUGUGAGUUGUAACUAUGCAACUGCUCAUGAUGUUGCUAGUAAUAUUUGGUAGUCCAUUGCUUUUGUGUGUGUGUGUAUAUGUGUGUGUGUGUAUAUAUAUAUAUGUAUGUAUGUAUGUGUGUAUAUGUGUAUAUAUAUAUAUGUGUGUGUAUAUAUAUAUAUAUAUAUAUAUAUAUAUAGAUAUAGAUAUAUAUAGAUAUAUAUAGAUAUAUAUAGAUAUAUAUAUAUAGAUAUAUAUCUAUCUACACACACACACUACAAAACCGUUAUCAAGACGGCGCACCAUAAUUAAAUUCUCCUUCAGCCCCCACCAACAUGACAAUUGCGCUAGGUCCUGGUUUGACACUGUGUGUGUGUUUUUGUUUUAUAUUCUCUCUAGAAAACAAUACCUUUUUUAAAAAAAAAUAAUUUUUUUUUUUUUUUUUUAAACGGUCACUGUGGAGAUCUGAAUACUUUCCCAGGAAACCAAAUGUGAAAGAUAUGAUUUAAUUAACCUUUCCCAUCACUUAAUUAUCUUGUGCAGGAGGUGAUGAUUAAGGGAGGUGGAAUUAAACAUGUUCAGUGUGCGGAGGAUGAAGACUUUAUUCAGGCCCUUGACAAAAUGAUGCUGGAAAACCUUCAGGUAUUAUGAUUCUUUGCCACUUGUAUUUUAGUUUACCUUUUUUUUUUUUUUUACAAGUGUAGUAUCCUUCCUCAAAUACCAAAUAAUAUAUAAGCAUUUCAAAGUAGUUGCGUAACCAAUGACGUGCUCUGUGUUUAUGAUAUACACUUUAAUAAUUAACUUUUCAAAUUGUAAUGUUUACACAUGAAUGCCUGCCAAGAGCCUUCUUUGAACCUGGAGAAAUUUGAAUCCACAUUCGAGUUUAAGUAUACUUUCUAAACACUGCAACAAUUACAGUUUUUCGUAUUGGACAUGGUGCAAGGAGUCCUUCAGUGCCGCCCCUCUGUUUUUCGAAAAAACUGUAUUUUGGCUGCUCAUCCAGAACCAACCAAUUCUGCAGCCGCACAGAUAAUGUAGACGUUUCACUGCUGCAUUUAUCUUACAAAAUUGUUAAACCUUGGCACAAAACAAACUUGGGUAUUCUGGCACUACAAGAGUGAUUCAGAAGCGCUCUGAACACCUUUUUUGACUGGGGUUUUAUUUUUUGCUUUUCCAGCAUGGCUGCUGGUUAUGCAUAUCCUUGUUCGGGGAGAUAUUCAUAGCAAGCUAAUAUGUGUGUGAACAUCUGCAGAGAAAUUAUGUACACAUUAUAUAUGCAUGCUUUGGUAUUGCUUCCAUAGUGCUGUAAACAUGCAUGCAGCUCUGCGGGACAUUCAUUUAAUUGUCAGGACUGUAGCCAAGCAUACUAUGUAAAUUCUUUUUUUUUUUUUUCAUUCUGGUGAUAGUGGUGUUUGCUUCAUGUAUUAAUAAACAUAAAAACAAUAGCUAACUUUCAACCCAUAUGACUUGUUUGCAUUCAAAUGUUUAGCUUUGGUUGUUUUCAGAAAUGAUUUUUAAUCUUACAAGCAUUUGUGGAAUGUGCUUGUUUAGUGUAAAACCCAUCCCUCAGCAAGUUGCUCUUACUGCAUUCUCUACUAUGGUGAAAUCUUGUUUCAAAUCAGAACUAUCCCUGAAUACAAUCUGCCCUUGUCUACUGUAGCAUUUUGGACAAGAAACUAGUGUUCUUAAUUGAUAAUUGGGAUAGAAAGAUUAUCAUUUGGUACAUCUGACAUGAAGAAAACUAAGACUUUAUAUUAAUAAAAAUAACAUUUGUUGGGGGCGGAGCCUGGCCUUGGUAAGAGAUGGACGCUUAAUUCUGCGGCUCCCUCUCUCCCCGUGAUAAAAUCCGCCAACAUCUGCGGCCACAGGCACCCCCAGUUUUUAAAAAACACCACCCCCUUCCAGUUUGCCCUGUGUGCACCACCUGGGCAUGGGGGAUCGAGGGGAAAAAAAAGGAGAACAACCCGUCUGUCGCUACAUUGUUCCGCUCCCAGAGCACACCUCGGCGGCCAUCUUGUCGAGGGGAUAUGGCGAACUUCAGCCCAGACUCAGAGGGCUGUGGGCGAUCGACAGCAGCUGACCUUCCCUUAACUAAGAGGGACCUACAGGCGCUUCUACUAGAUGCCACUACCGACAUCAAAACGCACACAGCGGCGGAACUGGACCGUCAUCUUCAGGCCCUGAGGUCGGACAUCGAGGCCUUGUCCCGACGGACUGACCAGGCUGAAGCACGCUUGACUAAUCUAGCUGAUACCUCCCGCUCCCAUUCCCAAGACAUCACCUACCUCCACGGGAAAAUAGCGUCCUUAGAAGAGGAGCUGGAGGAUCUCAACAACCAGUCACGCCGGAACAAUAUCCGGGUCCGGGGCCUCCCCGAGUCAGUGCCUCCUGAACGCCUGCAGACAACACUAGUCGAUUUGUUCCGGUCCCUGCUGCCAGAAGCGUCGGAACGGGACCUUGAGCUGGAUAGGGCGCACAGAGCCCUCCGGGGCCCGGCCCUUAGCCCGGACACCCCGAGGGAUGUUAUAGUCCGUCUACACAGGUUCCCAGUUAAGGAACUACUGCUACGGAAAGCGCGGCAAAAUCCACCACUGUACCAGGGCAAGAAGGUGGCCUUUUUCUAGGACCUGACGCCCCUGACCCUUAAAAAGAGAAGGGAUCUUCGACAGCUAACACUUACCCUCACUCAUUAUGGAAUCCGGUACAUGUGGGGCCACCCCUUUAAAUUGGUGGUCCACAAAGACAACCAGACCCACAUCCUCAGCACCGCGUCGGAGAUGGCCCCCUUCGCAGCAUCCUUGGGCCUGGAGCUUCUCCCACCACCCUCUCAAGCAGCAUCGCGACCCAGGGGAAGACCUGGAGGGGCGACCGCCGGAGCAGACCGCUCACCUCGCCGCACGCCAAGGAAGAGAGCUGCGGAGAUGGAGAGGAGCCCCCGGAGGCCACAACAGAUGAGGCAGAGCUAAGCAGAGGGCUGCCCACUCUAGGCGGCAGCAUACUGGACAUGACACGCUGGAACUUUGUUCUUGAUGGGGACUGCAUCCCUGGUCAGUAAGUGCCCGAAGAGGGCGUGGGAGGGGGGGGGUUAGAGUCCCUUAGCUGGUGGUCAGGGUACCCGAAGGGGGUUAUAGUAGAAGUUGGGGGCUCAGGCCCGGGUUGUAGGUUGGCACUACCUAUCCCUGGAUCCCUGGGGGCACUUGGGACGGCCUGGGCUCCGGUUCCUCCUUAGUCCCCCAACCUGCCGGUUGAUAGGCUCCUGGAUCACACAGCACACUAUCCGGGCGGGUGGAGAGGAGGGGUGAGGAAGACCGCUGGACAUGGGGGGGACGCUUUUGAAGGAAGGACAUAAGAGGGAGAAUACAGUGGGAGGUAGGGUGGGGGGCAUAGAGAGACAGGGUAAAAGGGGGGGAAUAGGGGAGGGGGAUUAAAAAGUAGAGAGGGGAGGAAGGAUGAUCAAUGGACCAAGACAAGGACCACAAAAUCUUUUAUUAAGACAAACUGGAUAGACAGGAACGGCUAGAGAGAGGAGAGGAAAACAAAAAGGAGGGGGAGGACAUAAAAAGAGCAGCGGGGGGGGGAGAGAUAAUGGGGAGGGGGAGGGCAACACUGGUUUCAGAGAGGGGGGGAGGAAUGCAUGGGGGGGGAAGGUAUUCCAGUCCACGAGGUGAGGGACACACCUAGGGGGUCGCGAUGGCCCACUGUUUGCCGGACCGGAGGAGUGAGGGGACCGGUUGCCCAUACGGUUUGACCGACCCUCGAGACCCUCACGCCCUUGGCAUGGCUUAUUCCUAGGGAUGACAGACUUACCCAGCAUGAGUACACGUAACAGCCGACCUUGAUAAGGUGACAAAGCUGCUAGCUGCUUGGAGGGGCUCUGACACAAGCUCCCAAGCUACAGAUGUAAAUGUACAUAGUUUUCCAUGUAACUCUAAGUUCUGACACAGUUGAUUCUCCAUAUAUUACACCUUAGUGCCAGGCACACUUUACUAGCAACUGACGGGGGGAGGGGAGCUGAUAGUAGUGACCUAUCUCUCCUCUCGCACCCACACCCUUUGAGACCCUUACUAGGGACCUUCACCCAAUUCAUUACACCGCAAGGCUCUUCUCCGCCCUCCGGGCUUGGCAUUCUUCCUUUCAGCCCAGGCCUACCCACACCAACUUUGGUUGGGGGGUGUUUUGUGGAGUGUGUGGUGUGUUUUUUUUCUCUCUUCCUCUCCCCCUCUUCCUUCCCCCUCCCAUUUGUCUGCGGGGGCCGCCGCGCCCUCCCUGCCCGCUGGUCGGUCAUUGCGAUGCCUCAGGAGGACCGGGAUAAUCUGCCUCACCAGGGGCCCACCGCGGCGGAACAACCGCUCCGGCUGGGAUGCGUCUCGAUUAAUUGCAAAGGCCUGAAUAAUCCGGCUAAGAGGCACCGGGUCCUCAGAUGGGCCAACAGGACUGGGGCGGAUGUCAUCCUUCUCCAGGAAACGCAUUUUGAACAUACUAGGGCCUUCCCUUUGCGCAAUAGACACUAUACAGUCUGUCAUUUAGCGAAUUCACCCUCGGGUAAACGGAAUGGGGUAGCCAUUCUGGUCCGUAAGACCUGCCCUAUACACUUCACAUCCACAGUCGCGGAUCCAUUGGGGAAAUACCUGACGGCAGCGGGCCACCUGGGAUCACAUAAAUAUGCCAUCACGUCGGUCUAUGCCCCCACGACCCCGUCGGUGCACUUUUGGGAAUCUUUUCAGGCGCAUCUGGGCCUCUUCCCCUCCCACCAUAUGAUUAUCGGCGGGGAUUUUAAUGCGGUUCCGGUCCCGGAGUACGACAGGCGGAGGCGGGCUCGGAUGGACUCCCACCAGGCAUCCGUCGCGAAAUCGGACAAACUGCUUCAGUCCUUCCUGAAGGCAACACAGUUAGUGGACGUAUGGCGGCUUCAACACCCCCUGACAACAGACUUCACCUUUUUCUCGCACCCUCACACUUCAUACUCCCGAAUUGACAUGUUCCUGACAUCUCCUUCCUUGCUACAAUUUCUGCACAGAACCGCCGUCGGUCAGAUCACGUGGUCUGACCACGCUGAUAUCUCGCUUUCGGUACACAUCCCACAGGCCAGCAGACAAUGGCAUUGGAGACUGAACCCCACACUCAUUCAUGUCCCACACAUUCGGGAGAAUAUCAGACAGGCCAUACAGAAUUUUUUUCGACAGCAAUACAGGGUCGAUAACUUCCGAUAGCAUGCUGUGGGCUGCCCAUAAGGCAGUGAUCCGAGGCGCCCUAAUUGCGGAGGCCACAGCACACAAACGGCAUAAACUGUCUCAGCUAGCUCAUCACCUCUCGGAACUCGGGCGCAAAGAGCACAUGCAUAAGCUCACCCCCACCGCAGACCUCGCCCGACAGCUUCAGACACACAGACAAGCUAUACAGGCAUUCAUGACUCAAGAUUCCAAGAAGGCACUCCUCUGGACCAGACAACUGUUCUAUGAGAAGUCCAACAAAGCGGACUCUCUCUUGGCGAGACGUAAAGCAAUACACACCCGUAUAACCUCGAUUAGGGCCCCUGAUGGGCGCUUACAAGAUGACCCGUCCCAAAUAGCGGCAGUGUUUCACCGUUACUAUGCCGCUUUAUAUGAUCAUGACCCGCGCAUCAGACAGGACCCGCACGCCUCUGAAAGAGCCGCGGAGGCCUUUCUGAGAGACAUACCCCUCCCACAGCUCACGGCGAAGCCAGAGACGCACUGGAAGCGCCCAUCACGGUAGAAGAGGUGGCUGACACAAUUAAGACAUUGCGCCCCAAUAAAUGCCCUGGCCCAGAUGGGUUCUCAGGAUUAUACUAUAAAACAUUUUCUGGGGCCCUUCUCCCGCACCUUAGGAACCUGUUCACCUCCAUAAUUAAGGGGGAGGCGAUACCUCCAGACAUGUUGCAGGCAAAUAUAAGCCUGAUACCGAAGCCAGACAAAUCCCAUCAGGACCCUGGACAUUUCCGCCCCAUUUCGCUCCUUAACGUGGACAUUAAGAUACUCACGAAACUCCUGGCCAAUAGGCUGCAACCUUACCUCCCGAAGCUGAUUCACCCAGACCAAGUGGGUUUUAUCCCACAUAGACAAGCUAGUGACAAGACUAGACGCACCUUUGACCUGAUGUGGGCAAGCACGCGUAAAGAGUCCCCCACACUGCUGCUUUCCCUUGACGCCGAAAAGGCAUUUGACCGCAUCCUAUGGCCAUACUUAUUUGCAACACUGGACAGACUUGGACUCCCCCAUGGGUUCCUGACGACAAUCCGCAACCUAUAUUCAUGCCCGACUGCACGGAUACUCCUGCCGAACACCCCUUCGCCCUCCUUUCACAUAUACAAUGGUACACGGCAGGGAUACCCCCUCUCGCCCCUCCUCUUUGCCCUCUCCCUCGAGUCCCUUCUCCAAAAGAUAAGACUUGAUCCUGCCAUUAAGGGAAUAGCGGUCCGGAAGGAGGAGUAUAAGAUCGCGGCUUAUGCCGAUGACCUUUUACUGACACUGACUGACCCUGAAGCCUCGUUGCCUCCUCUGUUAAAUCUGUUAGACGACUACUCUUUGAUCUCUGGAUAUAAACUGAAUCUGGACAAAACGGAGGCACUGGGACUUCAUAUCCCCCAAGAGAUUGACGGGUCCCUUCGGGAACGGUAUCUCUUCUGUUUUCGUUUGGAUUGCAUCAAAUAUUUGGGGGUGUAUCUCCCCGCGGACUUACGCCUGACGUACCAAUUGAAUUAUCUCCCGCUUAUAGAACAGACCAAGAAAGACCUGGUGGAGUGGCAGAAACUGUCCAUUUCCUGGUUGGGCAGGAUAGCCUCAGUGAAAAUGACCCUCCUUCCACGUUUUUUAUACUUGUUUCAAACCCUACCAGUCCCGAUCUCGAGACCGGAUUUUAAAGCUUUGCAAACGCAGAUAGAUUCAUCUGGGGGGGGAAGAGGAUCCGAAUAAAGAGGACCACUUUGUAUAUCCCGCAUAAGAGGGGAGGGCUGGGCCUCCCGAAUCUGUGGGACUACCACCAAGCUGCCCAAUUAGCACAGAUCCAAACCCUCCACGCGCCGGCUGGGGUCAAGCUAUGGGUUGACCUGGAGCACGACCUUUUUGGGCAAGACCACCCUUCGCUAUACUUGUGGGUGCCGAAACAGCACAGACCUACACCACACCAGCCCUGCGGACAUCCAUACAGGUUUGGUAUAGGGUCGUCCGUAAGCACAACAUUAUAAACAUGCCCUCCCCCCUCACACCGGUACUGAGGAACACGCAAUUUCCCCCGGGCAUGAUGCCCCGACAUUUUGCCCACUUUGAAGACAACGAUCUAAUCAGACUGUCAUUUUUUUUUCGGGGCACUAGUCUUCUCCCAUUUGCCGAUCUGCCACAAUCCACCCCCUUCAACUCGUUCAAUCAUUUCCGUUAUUUACAGCUGAGAAGUUUCUUGUCCACCCCUGACAUUGCGGCGGCGGCGACGACACCACUCACAAACUUUGAGAAAAUGUGCCACCACACACCUGUUCGGAAGGGCCAAAUUUCCAUUCUAUACGAUAUUUUGGCCAGGGAUUCCCCCCCGGAGGCAUUCUCAUAUGUGAGGGAAUGGGAGAGAGACCUGGGCCCCCCAGGCGACCCUUCUGACUGGGCGGACAUUUGGGAGGCCACAGCCUCCGUAACGAUCUGUGUAAAUCAUAAGGAGCAGGCAUACAAAACCCUGCUCCGAUGGUAUGUUACCCCCUUGCGGCUCAAACAGAUGCGGCAAUCGAACUCGGACCGCUGCUGGAAAGGCUGUGGGGCUCAGGGCACGUAUCUCCACAUGUGGUGGGAAUGCAUACAGUUUGCCGGGCUUUGGAAGGAGAUUAUAGGUAUCACAUCCAGAACACUGCAAAUAACGCUCCCAAUGGACCCGUGGACGUGGCUUUUAUCCAAACCCUUAGAGGCCCUACCCAGAGCACAGAAUAAAUUAGUGGCAAAAAUAGCGCUGGCGACCCGAAGGGCGAUAGCAGCUCACUGGGGUAGUGCGGAUACCCCGACAGUGCGAGAGGUGCGGAGAAAGAUAGAGGAAUCCCAAGGAGAUGGAUGAGUUAUCUGCCCUGAUUCACGAGACGACCAGCUCGGUUAGAAAGGUCUGGGGCCCCUGGGGUGCGAUGUAGUAUCGGCCGGCGGGGGACACCGGCCCCCCAGUCCCUCUCACCACCCUGUUCAGCUCCUGAUGGAGCCCCUCCCUUUUGCCCCUCACCCCCUACCGCUGCCACCUCCACUAGACCUGUAAAGGGUUUUCCACACCAAGAGGAAGCCGAUUUGGCUCUGCCAUACACGCAAGCCACACCCAUACACGCCAUUGGAACACGAGCCUUCAGAGCCUGGGCGCAUGAGUGCCACAAUUCGAGGGGCUAGAUAACCCACAGGUAAUUAUUCGUCCAUGGCCCUUUCUGACCAUAGGUAUGGUCGUAGCUACACCCCACGUUCUACGUUUACCCCAGUUGUUUAUCCCUUCUUCGGUUCAGAGUGGUAGUACACACGGCAAGCCGACCGCAACAUAGAUCCACCUGCUCCUGACAUACAGCAAAUAAAGCCAAACGUAUACCUGAGAAUACUUAUACGCUGGCCCCUCCAGAGACUGCAACUAGAUGUACCUCAGACCGCCAGCAUGAAGCGAGGGGGAUGCAAGUGAACCUAGGCACAGUCGGCCACUAUAGAGAAUAUGGGUAGAUGAGAUGCACUCUGUUCUGCUGUUCCCCAUGCCCUUUUCUUUUUUCUGUAUCCCAUAUACGUACUUAAAUCUCUUUAAAUAAAGAAUUUAUAAAAAAAAAAAUAACAUUUGUUAAUGUUCAGUUAGUUAAAGGAACACUCCAAACACCAUAACUACUACAGUGCGUUAUAGUUGUUAUAGGGCCAUGCGUGCCCUGGCUUCUCCCAUUGUACGUAGUUUACUUAUUCUCUAGAACCUCUGUUAUGGCUGCAGGAGAGCUGGAAGCUCCUGCUUACAAGCUUCCUUUAGUUUACGUAGCUAAUCCCUGCAGUUUAGCACCAGCUCAUUGGCUCAGCACAGCCAGGCUUGGGUCAGGCAGAGUGCUUCUGGCUCUUUUAUAGCUGUAAUGGAGGCUGGAAGCUGCACCUGAUGGACCCCACAUAAGACCUCAAACAAUCUAAAACCGUUUGUCUUCUUACGAAGGCGUUCCACCUGGCAUCAUAACCACCACACUGCACAGCAGUGGCUAUGGUGUUUGGAGUGUUGGACAUGCAGCAUUUUCAACCCCUUGUUCUAGACCAGUCUCGCAGCAGUUAGGACCUUCAUUGGCCUCUGCAUGUUCUGCCGAUAGACAUCAAUAGCUUGAUUAUGUUUCUGCGGACUUGUUGAUGUAUAAUGCAGGUUUAUAACAGUAUAUUAUAGUGUGUUCCCUCAAUAUGAUUCCCUGUAUAUGAACCUACGAGGUAACUGUGUUCUAGACAUGCUAAGACUAAGGUUGCUCCCUUGCAAGUAUUUUUGGAAAUUGUUACUGGUCUCUGCUUUCUCUGACCACUUGGACAACUCCAUUAAAAGAUCUUGACAUUGAAAACUGCAGUAACGUGUUAAUGAUGCUAAUGAUAUCAUCAGCAAUCAAUCCACAUCAGUUGCAUAGUUUCCAGAUAUCUAUUUCUAAUUAAAUGUUUAGCUAAAAGGACAACCAAGAAAGGAUUCAUCAAAGAACUUCUUUUUACCUAUACAUUGCCCAUUACGUAUAUUAAUGUGGCAUAUGAUAACCGUGGAAGGGCUUUCAUGAAAAACUAAAAUACUGCUAUAACUGGAAACUUUACUUAAUAAUAUUUUUUUUUUCCAUCCCAGCAACGCAGUGGAGAGUCUGUUAAAGUCCACCAAUUAGACGUGGCAAUCCCAUUGCACUUGAAGAGCCAGCUAAAGAAAGGAACUUCACUCUGUACUGGGGAAGGAGAUACAGAGUCUAGUGAUACUAUGCCAUUUGUCAUGCUCACACGAAGAGGCAACAAGCAGCAGGUAUGAUAUGGUUCAGUGAACAGGGUCUGCAUUUUACAAACCAAUAUCUAUAACUGUGACAGUUUGCCGAUUCUAAUCAGAAACUGGGGCAGUCAAAUACCAGACCUCCAGAUCUCAAACACCUUCUGGUUAACAUGUCGAGUUUCUGUUUGAAUUUUUAUAUUUUGUGUGUUUUAAAAAAGCAGUACUUUAGAGACUAGAUUGUGAGGUCCAUUGUGUGUCUUGUUCUAUGUUAACAUAGAACAGUCCUGAAUAUUUUGUUUUUUUAAUCUUUUAGUGCCAGCUCUAUGGUUAGGGUAUCCUAUUAAUAGAACCUGUAGAGAUGCAAUCUUUCUAGAGUGAUGACUAUGUAUUUGUUUUAUAAAUCCACAGGUGUUACUAUUCUUUCACUACCACGUAGGUAUUCUGCUAUUCUUUGUUCUUGAACAUUUUUAGCACCACUAAGAUGUCAGUUCAGUUAGCAAUGCUUGCAGAUUAACAGAACAGGAACUAUAUUGGUGUAUUUAAUAACUAGAAUGUGGGCCAGAGAUUUAAAUCUACAUUCACAAUCCACAAAGAUUUUCUUUUCUGAUUUUAUAAACAUGAAUGCUUUAAGUUCAAUGAUUUACAAUGUGAGGUAGAAUACAAAUCUAGAAAAAUUUGUGUGAGGUCAAAUACAUAUAUAUAUAUAUAUAUAUAUAUAUAUAUAUAUAUAUAUAUAUAUAUAUAUAUAUAUAUAUAUAUAUAUAUAUAUAUAUAUAUAUAUAUAUAUAUAUUUUAUUUUGUUUUAGUUUUUUAGUUUAUUAAUGAAUAAUAUUGAAUUGUUAUUCAUGCAUGAUUUAAGCAAUGGAGCAGCCUGGGCACCAUAACCACUCCAUGUUUAUGUAGGGAUUAUAGUGCCAUGUAUUUUUAUUUAAAUGGGUUUUUGGGGGGUUUUUUUUUUUUUGGACUGUAUGUUAAUUUCCUUCUUUGGUAGUGUUACCUUGUUAAGCCAGUACAAUAGUUCUCUCUGCACGCACAACAACUAGGGUAUUAAACAACAGUAAUGGAAAGCCAAAUGAUGGUGGUUCCUCUUAUGUAAAUUCUGUAAAUCCAUUUUUAAAGUAGGAUUCAUAUCACCACUUAAUGUGAGAUUUAAUUCUUCAGAAAAACUUCUUGCAGUAGUGGGAAAAAAUGCCUGUUUUCUCGGAGUUGAAAUGCAAUCCUGCCAGCAGGAAGUAAUUUCUGAUUUCUUAUCUAAUGGUAGAUAGGGAGUAUUACCUUAUUAGAUUUCCUGUAAGCACAGUGCAGGGAAAUAAUGUCUCUGUAUAGUAAGGAUUAUCUCUUACACCAUGUAUUAUUUACAGUAAAAAGAAAACUCAUUCAUGUACCAGAGCUUACAGAGCUCAGUGCAUAAAAACUAUGGCAAUUCAAAUAACACCAUCUUCAUUGUUCUGUAACGUUCAGGUUUGUAAGCUUAUUGCCUGCAUACUCCUGGAUUAUCCAUCAUUCUGGCUCUUUGAAUAUUAGAUCUGAUGAUAAUUGCCAUGCAUUUUCAUUGCAGGGUCUCAUUUUAACCUUUAUAUCUUAAAACAUUUAUAUAGUAGACUAUAUUUACUUUAAAAACAAACAUUUAUGAAGGCAUCUCAAAACAACUUUUGAUCUAGAAAACUCCAUAUUUGAGAGAGUAGUGCUUUAUUUAGGACUGCUGGAAAAAUAUUACAAAGAUUUAGAUGUUCGAGAUAGAUAUAUGUGUGUGUUUAUGGAUUCAACCAGUGUUUUAUGUAUAUUGCAUAUGGGGUGGGCAAUAAAAUUUCCCCUAUUGCAAGUGUGGGUUUUUUUUUUUUCAUCUAGUAAUCCUGGCACACACAAUAAUUUCAAUUAGAAACAUUGGGCUACUUCCUAGAGCCUGGGGCACAGAAUCUCUCCCACUUUAUCUCCCUCUGCCCUCCUCUCCCAAUGUACUUGUGUGGGUGCUGGCUGUGUUUUAUAGUUUGUGUAGUGUGUAUUCAUGUAUUGCAGAGAGUACUUGUACUAAUCCUGAAUUAAAUGUGAUAACAUUUCUCAUUAUUCUCACUCCACUGUAUAAAUUUGGUUGACAUUUCCAUUUUUAAAUUUAUAUCUGGCACCUGGAAACCCUUAAUAAAGGGACACUAUAGUCACCAGAACUACAGCUUAUUGUAUUUGUUCUGGUGAGUAUAAUCAUUCCAUUCAGGCUUUUUGCAGUAAACACGGUCUUUUCAGAGAAAAUGCAGUUUUAACUAACAGUCUAUGGAUACCUCUAGUGGCUACUAAAUGUGAUUCCUGGGGCAGGGCUGCAGUGUCUCCAACCUCUGCAUGGAGACACUGAGCUUUCCUUAUAGAGAUGCAUUGAUGAGGAGAUACUAAUUGGCCAGGGCUGUUCUUGGCUUGUGCUGGCUCUGCCCCGAUCUGCCUCCUUGACAGUCUCCGUCAAUCCUACGGGAAAGCAUUGUAAUUGACUCAGAGAUUCACUUCUGCCAAGUAGGCAGAUCAGAGCCAGCAGCUGCAGACUUGAAUAGAAUUAAGAUUUUACUAAAUUUAGAGGGGGCAAAGGAAGGGUAGGGGGGGCUAGAUGGCGGUUUUAACACUCUAGGGUCAGGAAUACAUGUUUGUGUUCCUGACCCUAUAGUGAUCCUUUAAAUCUUACUAGACAUGACUGGUUUUCAUUAUUCUUGUUUAUAAAUUAAAGGUGCUCACAAUUUAGCAAUUUUGUAUAUACUCUAUGAGGGUCCAAUAACGUUUGAAGUUCAUUCUAGAUAAUAGUAUGACUCUUAACAUUUACCAUAUAAGUCGAGGUUUUUCAGCACAUUUUUUGUGCUGAAAAAGCCCCACUCGACUUAUACACGAGUCAAGGUCGUGCCAUAAUACAGACCAGGUCCGCUGGGCUCAUUACAAGCCCGGUGGUCCUGUUGGGGGCUGGCAGCAAGCUGUUACAUACCUUUUUGUAGCAGCUCUGAUCAACUCCCUUCACCUACGUGCAGCUCCCCUGUCAGCUCCCUGUGUAAAUCUCGUGACACCCGCAGCCGUUGACAGGGGAGUUGCACGGAGGUAUAAAGGUAUGUAACAGCUUGCUGCCGGCUCCCCCCCUGCACCGCCCAUGCCACUGGACCACCAGGGAUUAAGAUAGCCCCCUUCCCUGACCAGGUAACAAGCAGGGAGGGGGGACAAAAAUAAAUAUUAAAUAAUAUUUACAAAUAUUUUUUUUAAAUAUUAAAAAUAAUAAAAAUGCCCUCACCUCCACCCAGUUCUCUCUCUCUCACACACACACUCUGCAUUAUAUACAUUAUGAGUGUGUGUGUUUGUAUGAGUGUGUGUAUAUAAUGCACACACUUUGCAUUUUAUUUAUUUAUAUAUAUUUUCUCUCUUCUCUCUUCUCCCCAUUAUAUACAGGAUUAUGUUCCAAGAUCUUACCUAGGUAAAAUCUGACAAAAUUAUAAAAAUCACAGAAUUUCAUAGCCCCAAGUUUUACCCUCGACUUAUUCACGAGGCAUAGCAUAUUUCACAAUUGUUGGUCACAAAACUGCACUCGACUUAUACACUAGAUUGACUUAUACAUGAGUAUAUACGGUAAUCUUUAGUAUUGCAGCACCGAUUCCUUUCCUGUAUUUUAGAAAAGGUCUUUGUGGAACCACAUGGCAAGUAAGGAUUUAACUGCAAUCAUCUACAAAUAAUGCUUAUUUUCUGUAUUUUCAGUUUAAGAUUCUCAAUGUGCCCAUGUCCUCCCAACUAGCUGCAAAUCACUGGAACCAACAACAAGCAGAGCAGGAAGAGAGGAUGAGAAUGAAGAAGCUCACAUUAGACAUCAAUGAAAGACAGGAGCAGGAGGACUAUCAAGGUAUCUACUGUUGCCUUCACAUAUUUAAAACAAAUGCCUUGUAUGUUAGAAACUCUUUCACUGUUGUCUUGAUGGAAUUACACAAACCUGAUAUGCAAGUGUGCUUGCUCUGCUACAUAUUAUGUAAAGUAUACAGUUCAAUAUACAGUGAGCUAAUUAGACUGAACAAACAGAAAUCUGUGUUGUAUUUGUAAAAAGCAAGAGAAGGUGAGCUAAAUCGUUACUAUGCAUUCUGUCAUUUUUGUUAUUUCUUAGCCAUUAAAGCAGAACUAUAACCCUUUUCUUGUGCUCUCACUCCUGAGAUAGAUAUAUAUAUAUAUAUAUAUACACACACACACGCACGCGCGCAAACUCUGGCACUCUUCCUUUGGAUCCAAAUAAAAUACAGAAAUUACCCGGGUGCUUCCAAGCCACUCGAUAUAUCCAAUCAAUAAAGGAGCACUCCAAAGGAUUUUGAAAAAAUGUUUAUAAUCCGGUGUUUAAAAAAUCAAAUCAUCAACGUUUCGACCCGAUAGGGUCUUUAUCAAGAUAACAACCUUUAAUUAGUGCCUAUAUAUACAGAAAUAAAAAUAGAUCUAACUUACCCCACCUGAGAAGUGAUGCCCGCUCACCAAGUGCUGCUGAAUGGUGCGCAUGCGUAGUGACGUCACCAAAACGGUGCGUCAUGCCGUGUGUGCGUACGUGCGUGAUAACGUGGUCAUAUGACCCCAUGGACCGCAAGCGUGUCCAUGGAAACCUGAACCAAAUAAAAACAAAGCAAAAAAGAGGUAGAAAAUCUACAGAUCGGACCAGAGUCAUAAAGAGAUUAAUAAGCCAUAAUCCAGAUAUAAUAAACAUAUUAAUUCACUGAGUGUAAGUAUGGAGAAAAUGUGAAAAAGAAACCAGAUAAGAGCAUAAUAAGAAUAAAGACAAUAGUGUAUGAAAAAAAGGUAAAUGAGAAACGUGUGAAAACAAGUAAGAGCCUCUAAGGAAAAGGCAAAACUAUGACAUGUGAAAAAGGUGUUAAAAUUAUAAUAAAUACAGAAAAAAUGAAAAAAAUAAUAAAAAAUAAAUAAAAAUAUAGAUAAAAAAUAAAUAAAAAUAUAUAAGAAAUAUAAAAAAUAAAUAAUAAAAAAUUAUAUAAGUGUGAAUGUGAUAAACAGUGAGAAAUAAGUGUAUAGACAUAUACACCUCAAAAAAAAUGUGAAAGAAAAAGAUAAGACCUGAUACACCCAAGAAUCCUAGAAAUAUGAAAUCCAUGUAUAAUUGAAACUAAGUCCGAUCAUAAUUCCAGAUAUAAAUCUAAUAUAAGGCAAUCUUACUAAUGGACAAAAAAAUCUACUUAAUAAUAUGUAUAUAUACUCUAUAUGUUAAAUUCCUUCACAUAUAUCGGGUAGAUAAACUUCACAAUUUACACUUUUACAAUAAAAAAAGAGUACAGAAACCAUGCAAUGUGGGGCUCAAUGCCUAGAAAAAUCAAAACUAGACUAACGUCUCUCCAAAAAUGAGUUAAAUGAAACAUAUUCAUUCAAUCCCUUAGGUUGUAGCGUAUCCAAUUGUUUAAUCCAAAAGGUCUCCCUUGAUAUAGAUAUAGAGAGAGGUGUUUAUUUUGCAAAAGCACUUGUAUACCUUCUGUUCUGAAGUAGUUAUUUUAACAGCAAAUCAGCGUGUGUGUCACUGUAGAUUAACCCAUUAAGAACAGCAAAUAUCCGUAUUUUGUUCUGAACCAAAACAAAAGCUGGAAUUUGAGCUAUAUGCUGUUCAACCAUAAUUUACCUCUUAAAUAAGGCAUAGGCAACCUUCGGCACUCCAGAGGUUUUGGACUACACAUCCCAUGAUGCUUUGCCAGCAUUAUGGAAGAUGUAGUCCACGGCAUCUGGAGUACCGAAGGUUGCCUAUCCCUGUCUUAAAUAUUGGGCACACACACUUGUUAAAUAUCAUUUUGUUCAGGAGAAAUAGGGCUUUCAUGGCAUAUCAAAUAUUAAUAUAUAAACCAUAAUUUAAAAAUGAAUAUAUAUAUAUUUUUUUUUUUUAUAAAUGUUUUUUUUUCCAAGUUCUGCAUGGCAUUUUAACUGUGAAUGUCAUACUGUUUUUUUUUUACUGCAGUAAUAUACAAACAUUUGUGUUCGGUGUCUCACAAGUACAACAGUAGUCCUCCAAUGUACAGGUUUUAUGGGGUUUUGGAAAGUUACAGGGUCAAAUAUAGGGCUUUUCAGUUUAUACACAUUGAAAUUUUCAGAUUUGUUUGCUUGGCUUAUGUUGCAUUUCAGACUGUAUGGCAGCUAAGGAAUGAAAAUAAUCCCCAUCAUGGCAUACCAUUUGAAAAAGUGGACAACCCAGGGUAUUCAAAAUGGGGUUUGUCCAGUCUUUAUUAGUAGCCACUUAGACACAAACCAGCAACCUAAGUUAGUAUUCAUAUUGGUUUAUUUAAUUUUUCAAACAUAAACUGCCGUUUUUCACAGAUGAUAUCAAAGUUGUUGUACUUGAAAACACUAUUUUGUGUUCAGCAAUGUCUCACGAGUACAGCAGUACCCCCAUUUGCAGGUUUUACGGGGCUUUGGAAAGUUACAGGGUGAAAUCUAGGGCUUGUAAUUUAAAUUCUAUUGACUUUCUGCCCUGGUUGUCAAUCGGGUCCCUCAGUAUAUAAAUGAUAAAAUCACAUCAUUUUGUAAAACAUAAUAAAAAAUAUACAUGUAGAAGUAAAUUAUAUAAUUUAAUUCUAAGUGUCUGUGUGUUCUAUAGACUGUAAGCUUGUUUGAGCAGGGUCCUCUUCAACCUAUCGUUCCUGUAAGUUUUCUUGUAAUUGUCCUAUUUAUAGUUAAAUCCUCCCCUCUCAUAAUAUUGUAAAGCGCUACGGAAUCUGUUGGCGCUAUAUAAAUGGUGAUGAUAAUCGUGUAUGUAUCCAUCCUUGCACUCAGGCUAAAAAACAUUUAUAUUCCUUUGUGCUGCCGGACCUUCAGACUUCUUGUUCAUAUAAAAUUCAAAGAUUGGCUGCACUCACGGUCUUAUAUAGGUGUGACUUCUUUAUUCAAAAAAACAAAAUCCAGAGAUAGACGUUUCAGUCCCAACGUUUCAUCAGGGUCAAGAUACAUCUCUGGAUUUUAGAUCUAGAGGUAGAUAUAUAAUCUCAAAACAUACUUAAAAUUCCAUUUCAUUACAAGUGUAUGUUUGUUUUUCAACAUAAUUAUGUGCUUUUAUUAUUUAUAUGUUGCGCUCCACAAUAUUCUUAACAUAUAUAUAUUAUAAGAAUAUUUUAAGAAUACUGUGGAGCGCACAUACGUUUUGUUCAAAGAGCUUAGGUAGAGGUGCCGUUAUCUAGAUCUAACCAUUGUUCCCAGCAAUCCGUAUCAUGAAAGGAUCAUAAAGUUUCCUUUAUGUUUAUUUUUUUAUUUGUCUCUAACAUGUUUGUGUUUAUUUGUUCUGAAAGUGGUCUAAAAAGGGUAAGUUUUUCUCUGCCUAGAUUUUUCGUAGAAAGGUCUAUUUAUGAAAGGACCACCUAUUGUAGAAUGGAGAAAAAGAGACCUGAAACAUAACACUUUCCAUUGGGGAAAAAGUGUAGAAAAGAUUGCUAAAUCCAUUGCCUUCUGCACAUACCUAAGUGCAGUUCUGUGUAUAAUCGCCUUUCCCUAUGUACAAACAGAAAUCUUUGCGAAAUAUUAACCCCUUAAGGACACAUGAUGUGUGACAUGUCAUAAUUCCCUUUUAUUCCAGAAGUUUGGUCCUUAAGGUGUUAAAAAAAAAAAAAGGAAAUGGUCGGGCUGCACCUCUUCAUCCCCAACUGCUGCCAAAUAAUGAUACAUUGUUCUAUUUAUAAAUGUGCCCAUGUUGUAUACAGAGUUAAUUUUGUUUCAAUUUAACAUUUAAUGUUCUUUCUAAAUACUGUCAUGCAGAAAUGUUGCAGUCUCUGGCGCAACGUCCUGCUCCUGCCAAUACAAACAGGGAGCGUCGUCCUCGAUACCAACAUCCCAAAGGGGCACCAAAUGCAGAUCUCAUUUUCAAAACUGGUGGCAGGUAAAGUGAUUGAUUUAUUUUAUUUGUAAUUAUUAUUCUGAAUAUUCUGAUGGUUAAUAAUUUGCAUAUACAGUUUCCCUUCCUAUCAGUAUUUGUACAUUUUGUAUAUUACAUAUUGAACAAUUUAUUUCCGUUUAAUUAAUUUGAAUUUUACAAAUUUGAUUAUCAAGAGCUUAAAGAUAAUUGCAUAUGUUGCACAGAAAGGAUAUACAUUUGGUCUUAGCUUGUAAUAACACUAGGGGUACACCCCUAGCCUAUGAAAGAAAGCAUGUUGGUAGACAUGAUUGUACUUCAAAUCUGUAGGUCUCUCCUUAACCAAAGGUAUCUGUAAAAAAAUGUUUAUUAUAAAGACAAAAAAUUGUAUGUUUUUAACAAAACUUUCAAAAUAUAUUUUUGGUGCAUAGAUCAUGCCCUGCAGUCUCAAUGAAAAAGCUUCCUUUUUACAGCACAGUGUGUUACUUUAAAGUUCAAUUAUCAGAGAAGAACUUAUAAUCACACGCAGGAGCCCAUUGUAGGCUCUGGCAGGCAAUUAACAGAGCAUGAGAAAAUAAAUAAUUUAAAAAGUUAGACUUCUUUUUCAGGAAGUGUGUAGUGUUAGACACAGGCGGUAGAGGCAAGUCAUCACAGAGACUGACUCCUACGGUAAUCAGAAAACCCAGGAGACAAUGAAUUACAAUUGGCGGACUGCCUGACUGUGGAGUCCUGCUAGCAUUAGCCCACUAACCACCGAUCCUGGCAUGCACUGCUGCAGUUGGCCACCAGCUGCCAAUCACAUAUUGCCUAUCUGGGUUAUUACUAUGUUUUGAGGCUUUCGAUAAUAGCAGGGUACAUGCUAUAAUUACAGCAUGUCCCACUUUAAAGGAGGAAUCCAGGCUGGCAAACAGUGAUAGUUAUACAGUUUCUGGGCAUAGAGCCGGUCCCUGCUGAUUUAGCAGUGUAAGCACACUGCAUUUUCUGCGACAAGGCAGUGUUUACACUGCUGCCUAAGGUCACCUCGAGUGGUUGUCACGGUUUGGUCCAACAAAGAUAGGAGGACCAAGAUUGAGUCUCUACACCGGGGGUAGGCAACCUUCAGCACUCCAGAUGUUGUGGACUACAUCCCCAUAAUGCUCUGACACCUGUAAUGCUGGCAAAGCAUCAUGGGAGGUGUAGUCCAAAACAUCUGGAGUGCCGAAGGUUGCCUUUGCCUGCUCUACACUCUGCAUGGAGUUGGAAUAGGGAGCGUGUUUGUGUGUCUCUCUCUCUUUCUCUCUCUUUUUAUUUUUUAAUAUAUAUUUUAUUUCAUUGCAUAGCUGGUCAGUAGAGAUUCAUGCUUUAUAACUAGUUUCUGUGUUUACCUUUUUCGAUCUGUUUUGAAAUUCAGUUUUUCUGACAAAGCAGUGAGAUAAGCUUGAAAUAGGUUUCCUGCCAUAAUUAGAGGUCUUAUAACUAACAAUUUUGGAUUUGUACUUCUUUUUUUCACAGGAGACGUUGAUCCAGUAGUGUGUCUUGCAUCCAUUGGGCCCUGUGUCUGACAACAUGGCUAGUGGAGACCUCCGGAUUUUGAGUGAGAUCAGCAGCAUAUCGCAGCAUGUUCACGGAGGAGGGUUCAGGACAGAAACCUGGGAAAGGGCUGGGGGAGUAAGGAAGGACAAGAACACCAGCUUCCGCUUCAACAAGAAAAGGAGCAGCUUCGAGUCUGGACACAACAGACACACAGAGUGAGCAUUUUCUGCUAAGGCAUCACUGUGGCCUUUGAUUUGGAAGGAAGACUGCAAGAAGGUUGAUUUUAUUAGCAAGCAGUUGAGUUAUUAGUAGAAAGAGUUCUUUAUAGAAAGUAAGUGGGUUGCUAUUUAAGUUAACAAAUAUACAACAUGGGAGGAGCCAACGAGACGUUUUUAGUAGGUGGAGGAUAACCAGCAAGCAAUCUGCAAUGUUCCAGACUAACAGCUGAAACCAGAAGAAAUUACGCAAAGGAGAAUGGCUAUGGAUGUCAUACAGCGCUUAUAUUUAAGAGUGCACAACAAGCUGUUCCGCUGUUCCUUCCAAAAAAAGGAUUUUGGUUUACAUAUUUUCUUAUAUCGUAGAAUUAUCUCUGAAAAAGGAAUGGACCUUUUUUCUGUCAGAGGUUGCAUAGAUAAGCUUGUUAUAUACAUAGGUUUUAAGAAAAAACAAACUUAACAUUGCCUGAAUAAGUUAAACAUUUGUGGAAAAAAAAAUCCUCAAAAAAAAAAAAUACAUCUGUCUGUCAUUCUGAUACCAGCAAAAACGCAGUGAUGGACUGCGGCAUACCAAAUGCACUAUUCAGAUAAUAGGUGCCAUUGAGCAUACUGUGGAGACAACAGCAAAUCGAUUUUUGUGUGUAGACAUUACAUAAAAACAGACGCAUAUCCUUCAAUUUUUUUUCCUUUUACAAGCAAAAUAAAUUAGUUGAGUUUGUUUCUUACAGUUAAUUGUAUUUGUUCAUUUGGGUUAGGAUUUGCUGUGUUGUACAUAGAAUAUCCUAAAGAGCACAGCCAUUCGCUAUUCUGUACUUAAAUAAGCUUUUCCUUGUUCAAUUUCUUUUUUUUUUUUUUUUUUUUUUUUGCAUGAUGGAAAAUACAUAUGUAAACCGGACACAUUACCAACAGAGAUGCUGCACAAUCACCAUUGCUGCAAUAAAGCUGUGUAAAUAGAAUGUAUCUGUAUGCUGUUUAUUCACAUACAGUGUAAUGGGACAUGCUAAUUAAAUGGUACACUGCACUCCUUCUCUAGAAAUGGUAACACAAAGUUGUGUAAAAGAUGUCCGACGUUUUAGGGUAGAAAAGAUGGUUGUUACAUGGAAAGUUGGAAGCCAAAGUAGGACUCCUUUACAUGCUUGUCACAAUAAUUCAGCAAGUAGUAACCUCUAAAAUUGCCGUUACUACCAUUAGUUAUUACUGUCUGUUUCCAUUCCGAAAAUGUAAAGGUUUGGCUUUUGGUAACGAACUGCUGAAACUUUAAGGGACUGUCCAGACCAUUAAAGCAAUUUUGCAAGUGCUCUAUGUAUGAAAUGUUUGUUUGUUUUUAUUUAUUUUUGUUUUUUUGCAAACGGUAGUCUUUGAUUAGACACCCAAAAGAAAUCUGGACUGGGGAUGAGAGUAACAGCUUGGAAAGACUGCAGACGAGAUCUGCAGCUUUUGCAAACUGCUUUUAGGUUUUUGAACAGGCUCUCAAGUAGUAUUGGUGUUACUGUUGAGGAAGCUCAUGUCUGCCUUUCAAAUAACCAUAUGUAAUUUAGGUAGUAGAAUUCAGCUUAAAUUGGUUUAAAACAUGAAAAGUGUUUUCGUUGGACUUCUUCUUCAGGCACCUAUUGAUUUUAAAUUAUUAUUUUUUAUUUUUUAUUUGAUACAUUUAUAUAUACUCUACUGGGUUUAUAGGACCACACAUGGAAAAGACUGUGUGGUUGAAAUGUCAGGUGGGUGCUUAUGUCUGCAUUCAUUUAAGCAUGUAACACUUUUUUAUAGUCCGUUAAAUUCCUGUAUUUUGGCUCUAGUGGUUAUCACAUUGCAUAUUGUUUGGAAUACAG